AUGAGAAGGCAUUCUAAAAAGUUGCGUGCCCCUCCAGCUGAGGGUUCCAAUGAUAUCAAGGACUGUCUGGCCCGAGGCAUAAGCAGGCAAGGUCCUAAUAUGGCGACUGCACCCGUGGAGGCUACUGCCACUAUUCCCAUAGAUUGCUCUUCAGAGUCUCCAACUUAUCUAGAGUAAAGUACAAAGGCUGCUGUGGUGUGGUCACCCAGCUGUCCCUUAUGGGAGAUAAGUUAGUCAUAAGGAAAGCUGCCAGAAGCGCCCCCUCUUAUAAUUUUGAGCGCAACUCCUUGUCAUUUUAUUAGCCACCCUGAGAUGGAGUGUCUCGCUGGGAAAUGUCACCCCAUUAUUCUGAGACAAGGGAAUCUCAUAUUGGUGGGGAAACCCUCGGUCCCAGAUAGUGGAACGUGACAAAGUGGUACUGAAGAUGGUCAAUGCAGCAGAGCACCAGCAUUUUUUAAAGAGUUGUGGCUCUCUUUGCCUCCUACCAUGACAUACACCAAUCUGAGUUGAAUGAUCUGGAUACCACAGCCCCAACCUUCGUGCCGACUGGCACUUAAUCCAUGGUUGUUGUAUUAUGAAUGCUCUUAUACAACCCAGACACUGCUAUCUUUUAACUCUUAGAAAACACAACUGCCAUACUUAUUCCUGUAAAUUACAUAUUGUGCAAUUAUUAGUUCAAUGAUUUCACAGAUUAAAAAAAAAAAAAAAAAGAAACCAGAAAAAAACUGUUCAGCAGCAGUCUGGAGUGCAAAAUAUGAACCUUAUCAUAAAAUGCCAGCAGUAUCAAACCCAUCAGUCACCAAUCGGACCCUGUAAAGUUCUCUCUUUUCUUUAUCAUUCUCAACUGUAAUACAUUCUCUUUUUUCCUUUCAAUAUUUCAUUAUUUUCCUUUUGUUUUAUAUUUCUAUUUCCGUUUUCCAUCAUAAUUUUCUGCUGUUCUUAAAAGGAGCACUGGCAAACGUUGCAUGACAUAGUUCUGUGUUACAGUCUACUAAUAAUUGAAUUUGCACAUUAUACUUACUGUAACCAGAAUGACCAGUGUUGGAGGCUGUGUGGAGAACGUGGCACCUACGAACACAUGUGGUGUUUUGCCCUAAAAUAGCUCCUUUCUUGGAGAGGAUUAGAGAUCCUAUUAUCAUGGAAUGAUAGAGGUCAAUUCAACAGAACAAAAACUCUUUAACAAAAUAACAGUAGCAGUUAGGAUAGGUCUAAUGUAGCAAUGGUUGAAGGCCGACUUGCCCUCUGUGGAGAUGGUUCGUUCAUCUCAAGGUCAAAGACAAUUAUUUAAAGGAGAAGCAUACUGCCCAAGUUAGAAAUACACCAACCUUCGAAAAAACUUGCCGAUCCUGGGAAGACUUUUCGAAUCAGUUUUACGCCACCGGGACUUUCAGGGAUCUGGGUUCUCACUUUCACCCACUUUGUUUUUUUUUUCAUUUUAUUUACCUCUCAUAUUUAUUUUCCUAUGCUACCCUUUAUUGGUUAUUCUUUAAUUGGAGUAUUGAUAUAUUAAUUAUUCCAUAUGUACCAUGAAAGUUGGAUUGUAUACAACGUUCCGAUAAUAUAUUUAAUGUGUCAAUGCCAUGCUGGUUAACUGGCAGUACACCAUUAUUACAUUGUUUACAUUUUCUGUUUCACCUGCUUUCGAAACAUAAAUAAAGAAUGGAAAAACCCCAACAUAUUUACCUAGCAUCUUUCUCAAUAUUAUUUUUGAUCUGUCCCAGAAUUCCUUGGUUUGGGAGCAGAAAAGGAUUCAGUGGGGCACAGACACACACAGCUCAGAAAUGUCAUGUUUGUCUGCAUUACGGAGUCCUUUUAACACUUACUUGGUUCUAUUUAUGGUCUCUGGAAAUUUCACAGUUUGUGAACUAUUUAUAAUUACUAAAUAUAUAUUCUGGCACCAACUCAGUUUUCAGAAACCGAUGUAUUCAUAUUACAUAGAUAUGAACAAGGUGUCUUUCCUGUUCUAACAUACACAAUUGUCUCGAUUUCAUCUACUUCCUCUCUCAUCUAAUUCCAGUUUCCCAGUUCCUUCUACUCUGUUUUCCCUUGUCUUUUCCACUAAGUGUUAAGUUUUGCCUGUUAUUCCCUGUCUUACAGAGAGAUGCAAAGGGACAGCAACUGUUUGACCUCCUAUGUCACCACCUUAAUUUGCUGGAAAAAGAUUACUUUGGUAUCCGCUAUGUGGAUCCUGACAAACAGCGGGUGAGUGUAAUACCAGCUAACACUUUGGCUCUGUAAUUGCUUAACAAUCUGUGACAACGUAUGAUGGCAUUUGCCAGUAUGUGACAGCCUGUGUCAGUUUGGGAACAUAUGACUAAUUAUUGUGCGUUGCAUUUGUAAGUCUGUCUCCGAUAUAAAGAACAGUGAAUACGUUAUUCUAGGGAGAUUCAUGUUCAAGCUGAUGAAUAUGCUCUGUACAUUCACACGGGAGUUAUCAAGUUCAUGCAUGAGUGUCAGACUGAUUUACUAAAAACAACCAAAUGUAAUGUGAUCGUGUAAAUGGAGAGCCAAACAUAACAUGAAAAAAUGAUUUAUCUACUAACAUGUAUUCUUCUCUCUCCAUCCAUCCAUGCAACCAUCCAUGCAUCCAUCCAACCAUCCAAUACAACUAGUAUCUCUCACAGCACUCCUGAUUUUAUAAGUAAAUAUCUAGGUGUCUAUGCACAUACAGAAAGGUUUUGUCAUCCAAAGAGGUGAUGGAACACUGAGCACAUAUUUGUAUAGGUGAAGCCUUUUUGAAUAUGUCUUUCCAACCUCUUGAUGUCUGUAUUUCAUCCUCCUUUGUGUUGCACCCAAACCCUCUUCCCUCACAUAAGUCUUUCCUUUGUUUUUUGGUGAUUCGUCUGUGGUAGUUUAGUGGAGUUACAUAUUUAAAUAGCUGAAAGGAGACUUGCGUCUAUCGAGUUCAGCCUUUCUCACAUGUAUUUUUGCUGUUGAUCCAAAAGAAGGCAAAAACCCAGCACUUUCCAAUUUUGCAACAAACAAGGAAAAAAAAAAUCUUAAUUACCCAGGAAUAGCAGUCAGAUCUCUCCUUGGAUCAAGAAGUUAUUACCGGACAAAUUAAAAAUUACAUUCCUAAUUAUUAUAUUUUUGCAAGUAUGUAUCCAGUUGCUGCUUAAACAUCUGUACAGACUCUGAUAAACCUACCCCUUGGGCAGAGACGUUAACAUCUGUAUUGUUCUUAUCCUUUCCUUUGCCAUAGACUAAAUCUCCUUUCCUUUGCCAUAGACUAAAUCUCCUUUCUUCCAGUAUACAUUGUCUUAUUUAUUAAUAGAUAUCCAGACAAUGGUUUGUAUAGGCCCCAAAUAUAUUUGUAUAAUAUAUAUUUGUAUGCUAUCACAUCCUCUCUGAGGCUACCGUUUUUUUUCUAAGCUAAACAAAAUAAAAUUUGUUAACCUUUCUUCAUAAGGUGUAGUCUUACCAUUAAUUUAUUUAUAUAUAUAUAUAUAUAUAUAUAUAUAUAUAUAUACACAAAAUUAUAUUUUCCAUUCUGAGAAUAAAUUCCUAUUUUUAUAUAUGACAAAACCUUACUGGCCUUAGCAACUGCUGAUUGACAUUGCACGUUGUUGCCUAGUUUGUUUUCUAUAACAAUUUUCAAAUCCUUCUCGUGUGUUAUCCCUAAUUCACUACUGUUUAGGGUGUAAGCUGCAUGUGUAUUACUUUACAAAGUUUUGUGUCAUCUGCAAACACUGAAACAUGACUCAAUGUCUAUUUCAAGAUCAUUUAUAAAUGUUAAGUCGAAGUGGUAUUAGAACAGAACCCUGAGGGAUAUCACUUAUCAUUUUUAAAAAACUUUUGUCCAGUUUGAAAAGGUACCAUUGAUGACAAAUCUCUGUUAUUUAUAUUUAAGCCAAUGGCCUACACAAGAACAAGUUUUCAUCUAGACCAAUUUCUUUUAGUCUGAGCACUAACCUAUUGUGUGGAACUGUAUCAAAUGUGGCGAAUUAAUCUUCUUUAACAGAAUGCAAUUAAGUUAGUUUAACAUGACCUAUGUUUCAUAAAACCAUGCUGAUUUUUGCUAUGUUCGUCCCAAUUAAUUCCUGACAAUUUCCCCUUAAUAACCCUUCAAAUACUUUCCCAGCCACAGAAGUUAAGCUCACAUGUCUUUAAUUUUCAGGCAAAGAUUUUGCACCAUUUUUUUGAAUAAAGUAACCACAUCUACUUUCCACCAAUCCUCCAGUACAAUUAUUGAAAGAAAAGAAUCCUGAAAUAUUAAAAACAAAGGUUCACUUAUUUCCACACUUAGCUCCUUAAGUACUUGUGGGUGAAUACUGUUUGGCACUGGAGCUUUGUUUACAUAAGGAUAUGACAUGAUUUGAUACCAGCAUGAUUCACACUGAGGUCCCAAAACAAUGGGAAUCACAGCACUCAGGUUCCGCCACACUGUAGCUGCUCACUCGCCUUUCCUGUACUCCAUUCAGGAAGGAUACCAAAAAUCUAGAACAGGCAACUCUAGUAUGGUGCAAAAGUUAGGCUAAGUUUAUUAAGAGCAACACACCCCUAAAAUAUGACCUUUUGGCUUAGUGAGCCUUGGUCAUGUAUUAAUAAUAAUGGUCUGUAUACAGUCAGCAAGCUUUUAUGUUAUUUACAGUAUGUGACAAUUCACCUUACCCUAGCAAAUUACUAUUUCAAGGAAAUUUACAACGUGCAUUGCAGUUUUAUUUACUUUAUGUAUACAGUAAUUGUAUAAUACAUUUUUUUUUUAGCAAUAUAUACAUUAUCUGCAAUAUAGACUCUGCAUUGCAUCUUUAGUUCUGCACUGGAACAAACUGCAGUAGAUCAUUAAUUAUAAUUUUUUUAAGUAAUCCUGCAAUAUUCUACACUUUGAGCUUAUUUCCAAACUGGUCAGUAAACUGCAGCAGUAAUCUCCUAGCUGCCACAAAAUACCACCUGGUUUUCAACUUUGUCACUCUCAUUAGUAAAGUACUGGAAAAUUCUGUGUAAGUCGUCAUCAUAGCAACCACAACUAGAUGGUAACCAGGGGCGUAUUAGCCGCGAGGAAAACAAGGCAUUUGCCUUGGGCGGCAUUUUUCAGGGGGCGGCAAAAAAGCCGCCCCCAAAUGCCCAGGGCAAAUGCCUUGUUAGCCUCGCGGCUAACAGACAUGCCGGUCGGGCUGGGCGGGCGGCCGGCGAGGGAGCUCUUCCCCUGAGCUGUCCGCUCAGCUCCCUCGCGCGCCGCAGAGUGAGGCUGGGAGCCGGAAUAUGACGUCAUCUUCUGGCUCCCAGCCUCACUCUGCUGGCGGCACGAGAGGGAGCUGAGCAGAGCGCUCAAGGGAAGAGCUCCCUUGCCGGCCGCCCGCCCGCCCGCCCAGCGCCUCCCGCCCAGCCCGCCCGGCAGCCACUGGACCCCAGGACCCCAGGGAGAGGAAGAACCCCCCCCCAGCAUUCCCAAAGGUAAGGAGGCUGGGGGGUUAAAUAAAAAAUAAAAAAACACAAGUGAAUGUGUGUGUGUGUGUGUAUCUGUUAGUGUGUGUGUGUGUCUGUGUGUUAGUGUGUGUGUGUGUCUGUUAGUGUCUGUGUAUGUUAGUGUUAGUGUGUGUGUGUCUGUUAGUGUGUGUGAGUCUGUUAGAGUGUGUGUAUGUUAGUGUGUGUAUGUUAGUGUUAGUGUGUGUCUGUCUGUUAGUGUGUGUGUGUGUUUGCCUGUUAGUGUGUGUGUGUGUGUUUGCCUGUGAGUGAGUGUGUGUCUGUUAGUGAGUGUGUGUUUCUGUUAGCUAGUGAAUGCGUAUCUGUCAGUGAAUGUGUGUGUGUGUAUUUAGAAGGCGGAGCAGGGGGGAAGGGUUGGGUGGCGGUUGCCCGGGUGGGGGUAGCACGGGGGGUGCCUGAGUUUUGUCCUGCCUAGGGCAGCACAAAACCAGGAUACACCACUGAUGGUAACAAAGGCUCACCUGCGUGUGUAUCUCAUGCAGUGAUUGGCAGAGGCAGGAGAUUGUGAUAAUGUGACAAUGUGUACUGUAAUGUGAUUUUGUACUAUGCCACGUACAUACCGUUAGCUGUCUUUAAUUUGUUUGCAUCAGAAAAAAGGCAGGUGUUCUGUCAUUUGAAGUGGUCAUGGUGCCUGGAAUUAUGUGCAGCAGGUCUCUGCACACAUUGAGUUCAACCCCUUUACUUCUGGAGGUGUAACUCCACUCCGGCAGCAUCAAAAGACAUUAUUAGCCAGCCCAGAAUAAGUCAUACUGUCAAUUUUGUGCAAAUUUAGAUGCACAGACAUUAUUUCAUUAGCCGAGAGCAGUCAGCUGUCACUCUCAGAACCAGAGGGCAAACCAUUGUAAAACAGUUUUCCCUACUACAAGGUAAAGGUGCCCGGGUACUCGUACCAUCAUGACCACUAAAGCUGGCUAUAGUGGUUACAAUGUUUGAAGUAAACCUUUAAAUUAUGAGGGUUAAUGGCAGCCAGUAUACAGUGGCGAAUAGCCUAUUCCAUUAAUAAAAGGAAUGGAACAUAUCAGCUAUGAAGAAAAAUUAACAAAUUUAAACCUAUUUGUUUAGAAAAACACAGCCUGAGAGGGGAUAUGAUAACAUUAUACAAAUAUAUCCGGGGCCAGUACAAACCUUUAUGUGGAAAUCUAUUCACAAACUGGACUACACAUAGACAUGAGGUCAUGCUUUUAGACUGGAAGAAAGAUUUCAUCUAAGGCAAAUACAUUUAUUUAUUUUUUUUUACUAUAAGAACAAUAAGGAUGUGGAAUUCUCUGCCUGGAGAAGUGGUUUUAUCAGAGUCCAUACACAUGCUCAAAAAGCAAGAUGCACACUUGCAAAAACAGAACAUUCAAGGGUAUCAUUUUUCAAUGUCGGAUAAUAGCUUCUUGAUCCAAGGAUUAAUCUGACUGCUAUUCUGGGGUCAAGAAGGACUUUUUUUCCUAGUUUGUUGCAAAAUUGGAAACGCUUCAGACUAGGUUUUUUUUGCCUUCUUUUGGAUCAAUAGCAAAAAAGACUGAGGAAGGCUGAACUUGAUGGAUGCAAGUCUCUUUUCAGCUAUGUAACUAUGUAUGUAAAGUACAAACAGUGCAUUGGGCACGUCACAUCUCUGGCACCCAAAUGGUUCAUUUUCUCGCAAUUUGCCAGAUUUCCAGAAUUAUCUUCCAUUCAACACUAUCAUAGGCAUCUGAUUUGUAUAUGAUAUAUUACUUCAGAUGUAAGAUAACAGCAUGAACUAAACAUUUCACUACCGCUCUUUGUUGCUAUAACGCUACCUCGAUGGUUUGAUAUUUAAAAUAAUUUGGCCCUAGACACAUUCAUCGAGUCAUUUAAGAUAAUUAAUUCUACAUAUAAGCAGGGUGCCUCAAAUAUAGGAUUCAUUUGAUUUAAGGCAAUAUACUAAGCAGCUGUCAAUGAUAGUAAGUAAUUUCACUGUACAGCAUCUUCACAUCAAGUAUCUGGCAUUUAAGAAUACAAUGUGUCUCUGUAAUGAAUAGUAUGGGAGUGGACUACUGGAACACUGUGUCAUUGUGAUAAAUACCGUGGUAAGGAGCUCUUUAAUAUAUGCUGGUGAGAGACUAAAGUGGAUUUGUUUACUUUUUUUUGCCAUUUUUGAAAUAGCAGUUUUAAUAUGUAUGUUUAUAUAAUAUUUUAGUAGGUCUACUUAGUAAAAACAUACCAAUAACCAAUAUAUUUUGAACAUUAUGAAUUCAAUUAAUUCUUUAAUAAAAUUCUUAAAGAUGUAUAUGGAUUCUUGGGGAUUAUUCACUAAAUAAUUAAUUGAACAAAAAAGGAAUUGUAAAAUGUCGGCACGAUUAGCUGAUUUGAAACUCACAGCUUGGCUGUUUUCGUCUAAAUUUUGCAAUUCAGCUUUCAAUUCACUACACGUUGAAUAAACUCCACUGUUUCCUGGCUUAUUGUAAUUGUUGAGAUCUAGGGUAACCAGGAUGCCUGAUGCCUUCUGGUGACAUCAUAACCCUUGAAUCCUUUAGAUGACAGACCUAAAUGAAUCCAGCACACAUUGGCUUGCUGACUCUUUAACAGUAUCCAUUAAUACACGUCUGCCACAUGUCAUUUACAACCCUGGCACAUAUCCAUAGUUACAAUUGUAGCUCCAUCUCAAUGCGUACAUUGUGAUGUGUUUUUUAACUACUUUUACCAGAAUGACUGAGACUAAAAAUAACCACUUGCUUUUCUUGCUGCUUUCAUUUUAUUUAAUUUUAGUUCCAUGAUAUUCAUCACCACUGUACCCAUUUCACGUUACUAUUUUGCAGGUUUUGAAUAGUGAAGAAUUGUAAUUAGUUACUGAUAAAUCUCUUAUUCCAUGUUAUUCUGCAUAUGUGCCUUCUAUUUAUAGUAAAUCAUACAUUUUCUGGCAUUUGCUACACAAUAUACCAAUAUUUAUUUUAAGAUCAUAUCAAGUUAUGCUGGAGAGUAAAACAGUGUGUCAGGCACAGUUUAUUUGUGCAUGUUUGAGUGUAUUUUUGGUAAUGCGACAUUUGAUUUCUAAAUAAACAUGACUUUAUCUGAUUUCCUUUUCAGCACUGGUUGGAAUUUUCAAAGGGUAUCGUCAAACAGAUGAGAGGUAUGUGAGGGUAUAUAUGUACAGGCAGAUCAGGGUGGGUGUCAAGGUGUGUAAGUAGGAUGCAUUAAUGAGUAUAUUGAAGGGUGUGUGCUCUGAGAUGCUCAUAUUAAGCACUGCAUCAUUAGGGGUGUCUUAGGCUGUGCACAGUUCCAUUGCCUUAGUUAUAUCUGAACCAGUAUUUAAUAUAUAAUCAGGACAGGGGCUCACAUUAUUUGGGGAACCGUGUAUCCUGGAAUAUCAAGGUAUGUAAUUCCAUAGACACCAUCCUGGACGCCAAUAAAUUCUAUCAUGGUUAUUCACUAAAGCCCGAAUGGUCCUAUACCAAAUAAAACUGGCUGCAUACAGGGCCGUUUGGGCUACAAAAUCCUGACAUUGUCCCAGAACAGGCCUGAAGAUCUCAGAAGGCUGAAAUCCAGACUGAAUACUUUAAAUCUGGGCCUGGAUUAAAAAAAAUAUAUAUAUAUUUUAAAAUACAGAACUAUUUGCCCACUGGCAGCAAUAGCAGCCAGUGGGCAAAUGGUUAAAAACCUCAGCUGCACGAGAGUUAAUUAUGUGAUGAAAUGAAUAGAUAAAUAUAAAGCAUGUGGGGGUCAUUAAGACCCCUAUAUGAAAUAAUGGAGGUAUUUUACCUCCUUUUACAGGUGGGACAUAUCUGCUUAAUGCUUAAACCUAGCAACUAGCAGGCAUUGAUGCCCAGUCACUAGAAAAGGCCCUAACCAAUGGGGGUGGAGCCAGUGAAAUAAAAGUAAUGGGGAUGGACAGAUUAUGUUCACCCCUGUGUCCUCACCCAUGGCAAGCAGGGGGAUAUAUUUCAUAAAUAUAAACAAGGGACAUAACAUUAUCUACCCCACCUGUUCCCAUGGGCAUGUGGAGACUAUUUUUAGAUUCGGUUGGGGGCCCUUAUAUUAAUAACCAGGGAGAGCACCUAAUGCCCCCCCCAGCCCUAACUCUUGGUUGGUGGCUGGGGACCUUAAUUAAUUAUAAAAUAUCUAAUAGUGGUAUGUCUCCUCUUCCUCUUCCCCCCACUGGAUGGCUAGGGUUUCCCAAUCCCACAGCAACCACUGAUAAAAAUAAAUUACCAAAUUCCGACAGCAUUAAAGGACCACUAUAGUGCCAGGAAAACAUACUCGUUUUCCUGUCACUAUAGUGCCUUGAGGGUGCCCCCACCCUCAGGGUCCCCCUCCCGCCCGGCUCUGGAAGGGGGAAAGGGGUUAAAACUUACCUUUUUCCAGCGCUGGGCGGGGAGCUCUCAUCCUCCAAUCCUCCUCCUCUCCUCCCCGUCGGCUGAAUGCGCACGUGUGGCAAGAGCUGCGCGUGCAUUCAGCCGGUCGCAUAGGAAAGCAUUAUCAAUGCUUUCCUAUGGACGCUUGCGUGCUCUCACUGUGAUUUUUUGGGGGAAGGCUUAACCCAUUCCUAAACAUAGCAGUUUCUCUGAAACUACUAUGUUUAUAAAAGAAUGGGUUAACCCUAGAAGGACCUGGCACCCAGACCACUUUAUUAAGCUGAAGUGGUCUGGGUGCCUAGAGUGGUCCUUUAACUUGAGUAAAUAUGAAUGAGGUCAGAAUUCUGCCACCUAUCUUAACAUUAUAUAGGCUAGCUACAGAUCUACGGAUUUUCCUCAAUCUGCAACCUCUUUAGCACCUUCAUCUUUCCCAUCACUGAAUAAGACUGAUGCUAAACAGGUGGAAUAAUUGCUCCGGACAUUGUAUUUUUAUUAGUUUACUUAUUUAUUUUUGCUCAUCUACAGCUCGUCCCCCAUUUAUCCUGUGCUUUCGAGUUAAGUUUUAUCCUCCAGACCCAGCAGCACUUAAAGAAGAAAUCACAAGGUAUGUUAAUUCCAUGGCACUAGAGAAAAUACAUUGUUUCAUCAUGUCAUCCAUUGUACCAGCGAGACUCAUGCAAAAAUGUCACGAAGAAACUUUGAAUAUGACAUGUUGGUAAAAUAUUUAGGUUGGGUAGUCUAAUAGACACUGUUUUUUGUCUCUGUCUAUGUUAUUGGUUUAGAGGAGUUAUUGCUUAGUGUGCUAUAGACUAUAAUUGUACACAAUAGAUUGUAGGAUAGUUAAUGGAUAAUGGUUGCCAUAAACACAUCCGAUUUUCAGCCUACUCAUUGGCAAGCACUUUUCCUUUCACUAAUAAUUUUUAACACAUGGCAUAAACAUAACUAAUGGGUCAAAACAAAGACUGUCGUGGUUAAUCACAAGUCUGCUAUUCACUAUUGACCGGAUUUUGCAAUUCAGGCCCCGAACAGACCUGAAUAUGGUCAGGAUUUUAGAUGGACCAAAUGAUGUUGGAUGGCUGGAAUUUGGAAACUGAAUGCUUAAAAUCUGAACUAUUUCAAAUUGUUAAAAACACUAACUUAAAUUAUAAUAGCCCUCCACCCUAUGACCAUUAGGAUGUCCCUCAUUUUCUUUUGCUAAAUAUCCCUUAUUCUCUGGCCACCAGUAAGGACAGGGGAGUGGACAGUGAUCUGUCCAUCUCCAUUUAUUUAUUAUAAAAGUUUCUUAUCUGAUGUCCACAGGUAGGGGGCACAGAUGGGGCAUAUGCCACCCCUAUGACGUAACAUCCCUGUUGGAAGGGGCCUUUCAAGUGACUAAUCAGCAGUGACUGCCCAGUCGCUAUUGCUAAAUAUGUAGUAAAUAUGCCCCCACCUGCUGCAUGGUUUUAACCUUCAUUAUACUGAUAUGGGGUCUUAUUCACACCCAUAGGUUUCUUAUUUAUUUGUUAUUUAACUAUACAAUGAGGCGGCAUUUUCCAGGGGGCGGCAAAAAACGCCGCCCCCCAAAUGCCCAAGGCAAAUGCCUAGUUAGACAUGCUGGGCGGCGCUGGCUGAUGGUCGGGCAGCUGGCGAGGGAGCACUUUCCUCUGAGCACCCUGCUCAGCUCCCUCGCGCGCCGCAGAGUGAGACUGGGAGCCGGAAUAUGAAGUCAUCUUCCGGCUCCCAGCCUCACUCUGCGGCGCGCGAGGGAGCUUAGCAGUCAGCUCAGAGGAAUAGCUCCCUCGCCAGCCGCCCGCCCGACCAUCAGCCACUGGACCAACAGGGAGAGAGGGACCCCCACCCCAGCAUUCUCAAAGGUAAGGAGGUUGGGGGGUAAAUAAAAAAAAUAAAAAAAAUGUGUUAAUGUGAGUGAAUGUGUGUAUAUGUCUGUGAGUGUGUCUGUUAAGGUGUGUGUGUUUGUUAGUGUGUGUGUGUCUAGGGCAGCACAAAACCAGGAUACACCACUGGUGCCACCACAGGUUUUUAUCGAUUUCCCCUCUGGCUGCAAGCACUACCAACAAGCAAAUAGUGCUUAGCAUUAUUAUUCACUUGCAAAAACAACAAUAAUUUGCAAAUGUACAUCCUACUGGAUGAAUUUUGGCUCAGAAUUUACUUAGAUUUACUUACCUAAACCUGUUCCUGGCGGGCAUGGCCAUCUUGAUCUGGCAUGUCCUCUUUAGAGCUGACAUCACUGCUGUAAGCAUUAAGGUCUAUUGAGGAUUCUGCAAGACCGUUGGAUCCUCCUUAGACACAGCCAUUUCCCGGCAACGGUCACCGAUGAUGGUUGUCGGGAUUGACACUUAGACUCUGCCCUGAGUCUCAGAAAGUCAGGCUUAGGAGAAAUACAGAGACAGUCCAUAGUUUAAGUAUACAGUGUGUUUUUUUUUAGUAAUCAGCUAUUCAUGGUUACUACCUCCAGUGCAGUCACUUGGAGUGGCUUGAUCUUCUGUUGUAGUCAUCAGUGGAGAAACCCAGUUACUUUGCAUAUUUUUUAUACUAUGUGUGUGUAGCAAACAUACCUAAGCAAUUUAACACAUAAGCCAAACAAUGCAGAGUUUUUGUAUAAAGUUUUAUUCAUUAAACCAAACAGUUUUAUCCCUUUAGGACCAACCACACAGAUGCAUGGUCACAAAACAACCCAAUAAACGGUUCCAUGUGCUCUGCAGGAUGUAUAUUUUGUAACAGUAUUUCACAGUGUCAACAUUAUAACUAUUAUUUUUGAAUGAGGUGUCCACAUUAUAAAUAUUACGUUUGAAUGCACACACACUGCUCAGAAACAAUGAUUUCACUAGCUCAAAAAAAGCAAUUCAGUAAUAAUCUGUUUUAGAGCUCACGAGCCAGGAAAGCAAACUCUUAAAUCAUCUAUUAUAAAAAAUAUAAAUUGCUGCUGCUAGACUCUCUGACCAGACAAAGUAUCGAUUAUUAACUGAUAUAUUGUAAUAACUUCUUGUUAGGCCCUCUCAAGGACAGUAUGGCUGGGACUGUAAUCCAUUAUACAAUGAUUUUUAUUUUUUUCCAAAUGUUCCGAAAGUUAAUCAUUGGUAAAUGAUUAUUAGUCAUUUUGAUGUCCACUUGUUAUUAAAUACAUAACAAUAUUUAAUAAGCUGAGUGAAUCUUCCUAUAGGUAUCUGGUUUUCCUGCAAGUAAAGAGGGAUUUGUACCAUGGGCGUCUACUCUGUAAGACCUCGGAUGCUGCCUUGCUCGCUGCCUAUAUACUGCAGGGUAUGUGUCCUCUAUAGCAGUGGUGGAAGCUUUUGGUCAACCAGAAAUUUUUCCUUUUCCUUAAGUUAUAUCUUCCAUCAUCAUCCUCAGCCAUUCAGUGACUCAAAUAUAUUUUCCACUGGAUAUGGCUACACCAUCUUUUAUCUUUUGUGUGAUAUUUUCACAUUGCUGACCCACUUCAUCACCAUCUUCCAACAUUUUUGUUGUGUCCUGUUUUUAAAUUUCCCUGUCCACUGUGGUCACUGUCCUUUCUCCAACCUUCCUCUGUCAUCAGACCUCUUCACAUUGCUUUUUCUGUUUCUCACAGUCCUUUAUCGCAGUGGUGUUUUUUUUACUACAUUUCCAACAAAACACUGGCUGAGCAUUAUUGAUUAGUCAUCCAGCCCUUACUCUGAUGCUCAUCAUUGUUCUCUUUUCCAUUUUUUUAUUUUAUUCUUUGCUGUGUUUUAUGGUCCAUCUCCUGGUUCUCACCAUUAUCCUCCUUUUCACAUUCUUUUUUUUUUUUUAUCUCUCACCUUACCUCAUGGUCCUUCUCCUGCCCCUCAUAGUUGGUCUCUCCCACAGCUGAGAUUGGGGAUUAUGAUCCAGGCAAGCACCCAGAGGGCUACAGUUCAAAGUUCCAAUUCCUCCCUAAGCACUCAGAGAAGCUGGAGCGCCGUAUCGCUGAGAUUCACCGGAAUGAACUCAGGUGAAGAGGGAAGGUGGACACUUUAUUACAGUCAACCUCACUGCUUCUUACAAUAUUUAUGCAAUUUAACUGAACGUCAAAAUCAUACAUAAGUAACAUUUAUAUUGUGUGAAAUUACAUAUAGACCAUGAAAUUACACCACUACUGCAAAUGCAGAAUAAUCAACAUCAGUUGACAGCCUGCAAUGGACAUGCACUCAGAUUUUGUACCCUGGGAAAAAUGAAGAGAUUGUUGAUUCUGAUUAUUGUGACAAUUGAUUGAUAAACCGUUUAUAAGGAAGAAAAACAUUAAGACCCAUAGAGUUAAAGAUAGAGCAAAGAUUGAAAAACGGAGUCUGAAGGAGGGGACCAGAGAGAGAAUUUUGCAUUUAUUGGGGAGAAAGAUGUCUGUAAGUUAUUCUGAAACUGGGCAUGGAAUUCACUUGUCCUGAUGUCACUGGGCAUGAAAUUAAAUAGAUUCACUGGUUGGCAUUGGUCUUCCUUUUUAAUGCUCCAGCUUGAUGAACAAGAACUUUGCUAAUUCAUUAUCAUGGACCCCACCACCAGUUUAGCCUUUAUGUGUUUGACCAGGCCAACUGGGAAGUCAAUGUGAUAUACCUCGUUUCUUGCUUCUCUGCUUGGAGAUACCAAGGUCCCAUGCUGGUCAAUUGCCAAUAGAGAAUUUGUUCAGCACUCCUUCCAUCAAUUGAUAGUCAUGAGCUGCUGAAUAUGAUAUGCCUAUAGGAUUCCAUUGAAAAAUUCCCACAGAAUGACUCAGAUGUUUUUUACACCAUCCAGUGAUGGAUAGCUACUAGCUUUAAGAGAGUGCAUCGUCUUCCAGGGCUGGAGGAUAAACUACUCUCUCCUAAGAUUCCAUAUUUUUAUCUUAUUUUUAUUGUUUGGGUGGAUACAAAAUGUGGGUUAACGUGUUUACCUGUUAUCCUUGAGCUUUGCUGUGAUUAUGGCUGUGUGCUUUUGUAAUCAUUUUCUGUUUAAAUGUAGAGCUAUGUGUGCAUUUUGUCCUCUGUUCCAACUGUCUCUUAUUUCCUGCUUUAUGUCAACUGUCUCCUGGUUUCACCUUUUUUAUUUCUAUUGACCUUUUAUUAGUUUAUUCCAGUUCUUUUCUCUCCCUCCUUAUUAUUAAUUUAUUUCAGCCCUUUCUUCAGCCUAUUUUUGUUAAUUUAUUCCAUCUUUUUUCCCUUGCCCAUUCCCGUGUGUAGGGAGGGUGUGUGAGUCACAAACGGGUACGGUAGUGGCCAGGACUGCAUUCUUGUAAAAACUAGAAAUGGUUGCCAGAUGGCGAUUUCCAGUGAUGAUUCUAUUAAUUGAUUAUUUAUUUAUAAAAUAUUUUACCAGGAUGGAUACAUUGAGAUUUCUCUUGUUUUCAAGUAUGUCCUGGGUCCACAAACCAUUGCAUUGAUACAAUAGGGUAAAAUAAAAUACAAAAACAAUAUUAAUACACAAUAUAUACAAAAUGUAACAUAGAACAGGUAGGAAAUAUAUAAUCAACCAUGACAGGUGCAUUCUGUUUUGAGGUAUGUAGAGGGGGAUCUCUUAAAGGACUUUAGGCUUGGGGAAGAUUUGAUUAAUUUUUAAUUAUGAUUAACUUAAUAGCCUGACAGAGGUCCCAAAUCAUGACUGACUUGCUGAUUUAGGAACAUUUGGUAGUGCGUAGCUUAAAAGCUAUACCAACCCUACGAAUGUUCUCCAUUUCUAACAUGACACCCAGAAUUGGAAAUUGAGACUGCACACCACUUGCCAGCUACCAAAUGACCUGCAUGGCAAUUCAUGCUGGUGCAUGUCAGAAUUUGUAGAAUGAAGCUGGGUCAUUUGGGGAUAGGGUGGCUGUUCUUCCAUUUUCAUUAACAUUGACUGCUGUGGGUCCUAGUUUGCUUACAUGGCUCUGUGCUUACCUACUUAUGAGAUCUUUUGGACACUAGGGUGAUUUGUUUUUUUAAAGUUUGUAGCGGAUGGCACUGGGCUGUCCUGUAAAUUGCAGGAUUAUAUGUAUCUAAAUAACGUGUAUUCGUCUGAAUCAUUCGAACAACUAAGGGAAUGAAACUACCGAACAGUCAGACCUCCUCUGUGUGAAGUGUGCCUUCAAUUACCCAUUGCAACAAUGUUGCGAAUGGGUAAUUGACAAGCUGUGCGGUAGGUCCUUUGUUCUCGGGGUGCCCGCCAUUCGGGAAACGAACACGUGGCGGCGGCCAUUUUAAAACUCCUGAACAGCGGUGUUUUGCCGUCGAGUGUCUGGAACCCAAAUCGGACACUCGACUAGGCAAACACCACUGAGACCUCCAUACGCACGAUACGUUUGCUUCCAAACUACCGAACGGCCCCUCGUUCGGUAGAAAGAAACCACCGAACGAGGGGAUUCAUGCGAACCCUACCUGAUCUCUGUAGCCUUAGCCUUUUGUGCAAUUUGUUCCCUUAGACUGUGACCGACCGCAGGGCCCCAUCACAUGGAACCCAAUUCGGCGGUUCUCUCCAGCGCGGUUGGUCUUUUUCUUACCUCCACGAAUUUCCCGAACCCCUGGUCCGAUCUGGGUGAUUUUUGGAUAUGUUGCUCACCCAGUUUUGGGCUACCAGUGGAUGUGCCAUUUAAAGGGGUACCCCUAGGUUUAGGGGUACAUCCAGAAACUGGGGGAAUUUGUGUACAGUAUAAGGGGAUUAUGAGUCAGGCUGAGGGGAGGAGAUGUGUGGGAGGUUACUAGAACAGGAUUGGAUACUGUAUUAAUUAAUGAAAAUCCCUCCCUUGCAUGGGAGCAUGCUUUAUAAGGCCACUGUGAAAACAAAGGUUUAGUUCUGCUCCUGAUGCUGUGUGUCGUCCAGUUAUUGGGAUUGCUGUUGGGAUAUUGCUAUAUUGUUUUACCUGCUGGAAACCUUGCUUUAUGGAUUUAUAAUUACUUGUUCCUGAGCCUCACUGGGUUCCUGAGCGGAGAUAUCCUGUGGAAUACUAGAUCUCCACUACAAAGUUGUAAUAUACAUGUUGCCCAACCAUCAUUGGUUGUUGUAGAGAGUACUACUCAGAUCACCAUUGGGCAGGCUUUGGUCCAAGAUCAUAGAAUUUCAUUAUUUCUUAUAGCAUAUUUUUGUGCAUUCAUUCAGCGGUGAAUGAAUCAUAGGUGCAAAACAGCUGUGAAAUGUUAAGAGCAAAUAACAUGGCUUUAUGAUACAGCCUUUGUCUACAAUACUUAGAAACCAGCUUGAAAAUAUCUGGCAGAUAUGAGUAAAUGUCUUUGAAAAAAAUUAAAACUAAGAAGGAAAACGUACACAAUGCUAGAUGCACCCAAAAACCCCCCACCUGGUUGACAUUGUAAAAUCAUAAAUACCAGACGUCAUCACUCAUACAAUAAAUAACUGGGCGUAUACCUAAAUGAAAUGAAAGCAAGUAAUCACUAGGUGGCGCUCUCAGUAAUGACUUCCACAGUACCAUGGUGAUAAAUCUCCUUUAUAUUGUGACCUUCCCCUUAACAUUCUGAGAAGUUAAAUGCAGGAUGAAAAUGAUGAACCAGUAAAUGCACAUUAAACCCAAUUUUUCACUUAGGCCUUAAUUUAAUAUUUUAGGAUAUGUUUUUCCUAUAAUUUAAAGUUAAUAUUUAAUAUUUUUGGAUAAACUUUUAAAAUAUUUUUUUUCAAAACAUUAAAAUAUUCAAAAAGACCAGUGGAGACUGGGCAGACAUUGGCGCAGAACGAGCGGGAGGCGAGAUUCCAGACCCCACAGAGGUGUGAAGUGAGGAGUGCAGACUGUCCACCACUCCUAGGCAUACCAGCAACUAUGAUACGGGGCCUGGAGGCUUGCGCCAGUUUGCGGAACUGUGUCAUGCCUCUGCAGGGCAUAGGUUGAUAAGAGAUCUGAGUCCCAAAAUGCGACCCACCUCACAGUUUGUCUGAAUUCUUGUAGUGUCCCCUUUCAUUUCCUAAUGCUAACCACUGUUAUUAUGCAUGCCACCAUUCCUUGUCCAUGCAGACCCUGGAGGAAAAUAGAAUCUCCACAAGCUGCCUGGGGUGGACCACUUCCAUGUCUGUCUAUUAUCAACCUAUAGUUUUUUUUAAAAUGCAUUGUCAGUUAAUGUUGCUUAUCCACUGCUGUCUAUUGACUCCCUACUGACAUACCUGCUAUCUUAUCUUUUCUCUGACUAGACUGACUUUUUUAUUUCUUUAAAAAUUGUUACUUCAUACCAUGUCAACGUUUUACCUAUCAUUUUGAAUUGCUUGCUCAUACUGUUUUGGUAAUGCAAGCCUGUUCUGUAAUCGUAAGCACAGCAAAAAUAAAGAAUUAAAAUAAAUAAAUAAUUAAUAAAAAAAAAUAAAAAAAAAUAUAUAUAUAUAUGAUAUAAAAAAAUAUGAAUUUAACAUUUGUUUUAAAUAUAACAAUAUUAAAAUAGUUUUCAAAAUAUUAAAUUAUUUUAAAAGUUUAUUCAAAAUAUUAAAUUAUUUGAAAAGCUUUUCCUAACAAAUUCGGGGCCUUAGCCAAAAAUACAAAUGCAGUCACAGGGAAAUGGCAUACCAACGCUCAGCCUGGUUACAUAACUCAGUUCUAAGUGCUCCCGCUGCAAUAUCACUAGAAUAUGUUCAAACAUCAGGGUCACAUGUUACAUUCCGGGCGAAUUCACAGCAGCUUUUCGUCCUUCCAAUAAAAUGAGUGUCGUUAAUCUGCAUAAUAAUAUAUUGGCAAAUUAUAAACAAUCUCAAUGUAUCCUUUCUAGUUAAAUGAGGAUUAUAUUGUAAAUGUAUAUAUAUAUUUUUUGCACAGAUAAAAUCAACCUUUCAGGUUACGUAGGUAUAUGUACCCGUAUGUAUUUCAUCCUGUCUUUAUGCUUUUUCCUUGUUUCUAUAGUGGACUUAAUCCAGCAGCUGCCGAGCUAUGUUUUCUGAGAAAAGCUCAAACCCUGGAAACAUACGGCGUGGAUCCUCAUCCGUGUAAGGUAUCUCAUUCUAAGUGUAUAAUACCUUUCAUUCCAUUCGUUAUUCUUUUCAGGAAUUAUCGUCUACCUUUUGUUAGUUUGACAUUGUACAUACCAGAUCUAAAUUGAACGCUCCACUAGGCAGAUAACCUACUGAUCCCACACACCCUAACAAAUUACAUUGUAAAGUCUCUGUUAGUGGGCAAUAGAUAGAAAUGGCUGGGGCAAGCACCAGCAUGGAUAGAAUGUGGGCAGAAUUGGGUAAUAGGUGGAGCCAUCAAUAAGCCACACAACUUACUUAAUGCCACCCGUAAAGUUGGUUCUUUAAUGUCUGUAUGUCUCCUCAAUCUUCCAUUUUGUGUCUCUGUCUCUCCCAUGCCUUUAUCUACCUACAUUACUCCUCUGAUUUCUGUUGAUUUUGUUUCAGGAUGUUUCUGGAAAUUCUGCGUUUUUGGCCUUUACCCCAUUUGGUUUUAUCGUAUUGCAGGGGAAUAAGAGAGUCCAUUUUAUAAAAUGGUGAGAAUGAUAUUACAUUUACAUUCUAUAUUUCCAUAUCUUUCUCGAUGUAAGUUCACUUUCUGUUUCUGUUCUAUGUCCAUUUCCCAUGGUUUCUAACCCCUAAACUCUGUAUGAACAAGGGCCUACAAUGCUGCCUGCAUCCAUAUGUAAUGGCCUCUAAACAGUUCUCCACUGCUUUCAUUUAUUUGUUACUAACGGCUGCAGCGGCCAUUUUUAUUCCCCUGUUUCUCUCUAUUAUUGAUCAUGAUAUCGAUCGUGACUUUUUACUGUUUCUGAUCCUAACAUUUCUUUUCCUUGUCUUCACAUACAUGAACACCCAACUUCAGAUUAUCAAGUGAAAUAAGCAAUAAAAUUUAGAAAAACAAGACAUUGCAAUGGAGCACUACAGGCCCCAUAACAACUUAAUUUUCAUUGGGCUCCAUCAUACCUUUCCUACGCCACCAUUGCUUGUCAUUUUCAUUUGCCUUUAACUUGAUGAUUUCAGUAAUUAUUUCUGUUCUGCUAUAACAGCUGAAAGUAGAAGCCAUUUGAUACCCUACUAAUAGUUAGAUAGAUUUAUAAAUAACUAUGUAGACUAUAUCAAUCUAUUUGCAGAGGAAGAGAGCUUGAACUCUAAAAUAAGCAUGUAAGCUAAGCGUUCCAGAUGGCGAAUAUUUAUCAAUGGCAAGAAAAGUCUGGGCUUUGUCCUAUGGAUGGUAUUACUCUGUCAUCUAGUGCAAUUUGUCAUAUGAAGAAUCUAGUGGUAGGAUAGAUAAUUGAGGUCUGGGUUGUGUUGGAGAACUCACUAGGGUAUCACGGCCUACAGCAAAGCUCAAAAUAAUUUCACUUUGAGUAUAAAGUCUUAAUAGUACUUGGAAAUCCAGAGUCAGAUGCUGGCUGCAGACUGUCAAUAACUGUAAACAGGCUGCAGUCACUAGCAGUAUACAGAAUCAGCAUUGUUAUUGCAGGCACGGAAUCAUAUUCAUAGUCAAAGCAGAAUAGGCAGAUUAAAGGGAACUCCAAUCAUUUUUAAUUAAAAUUAUUUUUUUAUUUAGACUGCUCUGUUGGGCAUUGGUAAUGAGGUCCCUUUCCCCUAAUGUUUGAGAAAACCCUGUAAAAUAAGCAUAAACAUAUAUGAAGCUCUCCUCACCCGUCAGAUGUCAUCGUUCUCUCACAAACGGUCAGAUCACAUGCUUCUCAUAGAGCGCACACUUUGAGCUGGGGACAAAACUUAAAAUAUUACUUUGAUUUCCAAUUAUUUGGGGCAGAUCAUGAAUUAUUAUAUUAAAGCCAAAGGGGUUUUGGAGAUAGCAUAAAAAAUCCACUCAGACCGAAAGGAUCUGCAGAACCUUGAGAUACCAUGAUAUUCCCAUCAAGUGAGAAGAAGUCACCAGCAGAGAGAAGACAAGGAGGGGCAGUAAAAAUAAAUAUCAAGGGUAUCUAUCUACUGCUCCUCCUUUUUCCUUUUUUUUUUUUUUGGUCACUUCUCAUUUGAUCUGUGAAUAAAAUCAACAUUUAGUGGCUGUUCCCUAAACAUCAAUUACCGUAUUUUUCGCUCCAUAAGACGCACUUUUUUCCCCCUCAAAAGUGAGGGGAAAUGUCUGUGCGUCUUAUGGAGCGAAUGUGAAGAUUUACUUACCUGUCUUGGAGCGUGGGCCGGCUUCACAGCACGCUCCGCAGUCCAGGAACUUCUAUUUCAGGUUCCGGUUUCCGGCGGGACUGAAAGGAAGUGCACACUCAGUGUGCACACUUCCUUUCAGUCCCGCCGGAAACCGGAACCUGAAAUAGAAGUUCCUGCACCGAGGAGCACGCUGUGAAGCCGGCCCACGCUCCAAGACAGGUAAGUAAUUAUGGGACAAGGGGAGGGGGACACUAUGGGAGAAAGGGAGGGGAGACACUAUGGGAGAAAGGGAGGGGAGACACUAUGGGAGAAAGGGAGGGGAGACACUAUGGGAGAAGGGGAGGGGGGACACUAUGGGAGAAAGGGAGGGGAGACACUAUGGGACAAGGGGAGGGGGGGACACUAUGGGACAAGGGGAGGGGGGACACUAUGGGACAAGGGGAGGGGGAGACACUAUGGGACAAGGGCAGGGGGGGACACUAUGGGAGGGAAGGUGCACUAUGGGACAAUGGGAGGGGGGACACUAUGGGAUCAGAACACUAAUGGACAAGGGGAGGAGGGGUUAAAGAACACUAUGGGACAGGGUAGGAGGGGUUAACAAUCACUAUGGGACAGGGGAAUAGGGGUUAACAAUCACUAUGGGACAGGGGAGUAGGGGUUAACAAUCACUAUGGGACAGGGGAGGAGGGGUUAACAGUCACUAUGGGACAGGGGAGUAGGGGUUAACAAUCACUAUGGGACAGGGGAGGAGGGGUUAACAGUCAAUAUGGGACAGGGGAGGAGGGGUUAACAGUCACUAUGGGACAGGGGAGGAGAGGGGUUAAAGAUCAUUAUGGGACAGGGGAGAAAAAAAAAUAUUCUGAACAAACUGUCCCAUAGUAAACACUAUGGAACAGUUUGUUCAGAAUAUUUUUUUUUCUGGGUUUCCUCCUCUAAAAACUAGGUGCGUCUUAUGGUGAGGUGCGUCUUAUGGAGCGAAAAAUACGGUAUAUUUUUUUCCCAUUAAUCAUCUCUUUUUCUGGUGCCAUGGGCAGAACUUAGAAUUAUGAAACAAACAAAACUGUUCAUCCAUUGUCUGUGUCAUUUUUUUUUUUUUUCGUAAUACGUGAUACUGAAUUUGGAAUAUGCAGAGAUCGCCCAAAAUUCAGACAAAUUGCAGCCCAGUCUUAAUUUCUUUUUAAAAUGGUUAUUAUUAGGCCUACGUUUAGAUUUAGGAAUAGGGUAACAUGUUCUGAUUUAUAUUUCAAAAAGCACGGAGUAUGAAAAAUUGAGCUUACAAUAGUCGUAGAACCAGUUUCUGCAUCUACUGUAGGCCAUUCUCUUUUUGUCCAACACAGACUGGACAUUGUCCAAUCAAAGGCUUCGUGUUGAGAAGCAUUGAAGGCAAGUAAUGCAUGUGCGCAAUUGGCCUUUCAUGCACUUCUGUAUUAUACAUUCAUUGAAGUAUAUGAAUGGCAAGCACCAAGACCAACACAGCUUCUCUACUAGGGUUUGAACUAUCUCUCUCAUCUGUCUGAUCGACAGAGAAUAUUUUGUGACAGUUGGUUUUAUAUACAUUUGCUGAUUUCUCUUGAAAUCAUCACUUUUAUAAAAUAAGAAUGCAGAGACAAGUACUUUAACCCUAAAGCACUCCAGCAAGCUGAGGUUCUUUAGGUGAUUGGAGUGUUACUUAAAGGGAAAGUAAAUAUUUUUUUAUCAACCUGUUGUGCUUUCUAACAAGGACACUUUUGUAUUUUUGUUUAUUUGAUUCUGUAAAGAUAUGUAAAAGCACAUUAACAUGUCGCUAUAAUCUAAUGUUAAAAUAAUGGCUUUAAUAUUUUUAGAUAAGCUUUUCAAAUUGUUUAAUAUUUUUGGAUACAUUUAAAUAAUCAAUGUGUUGCAAAAAGAUUUUUUUUUUGUAAAUAUAGUUGGAAUAGAUUGAGAAAGAGCCACGCAGGGCCCCGCAGCAUAUAGUCAAUAGUGGUAACACAUUUUGUAAGGUGUACAUUUGCAUACAUUACGGUUUCAGCCAUAUUCAAGGUAGCUGUCGUUGUGGGUUUACCAUAACUGCUGGGGUUGCGCUUGCGUUGCAACCAUGAUGGAGCAUUGGUAGUCCGUAGUGGGCGCAGCUCAGUGUUGUAGGCCUUAUCUGCUACCUUAUCUACUACCUGAACCCCCUUUUUCAAUUUUAUUUAUUUAAUUUGUAGGCUAGUCUCUUUUCCCUUUGUAUUUAUGUCGUGUCAUAGACAUGCCUUCCUUAUCAGAGGUGAUCUACCCACUAUCCCACCCAUAUGACCAUUGCGUUUCAGCCCGUAGUUCCCUAGUGUCCAUGGGCUACAUUCUGGCCACUGCAGGUGUAAUUUUGCCCUGAUUGUUAUCCGUCCCUAGUUAACAAUGUGUCUUGUAUAGUUAGUAGGUGUAAGAAGUAUGAGUAAAGAUAGAGUUUGGAGUAGUAAAGAUUAGAAGGAAUGGUUAUUACAGUGAUUUUCCCCUCCACCCCAGCUAGUUUACUGUGGUAUCACCCAUCGCUGCAGCUCGCCUCGCCGUAUACACUAUCCAAGGCUGCCACCUCUCUACAUGUUUUGUACUGAGUCCUAUCAAGGAGGAAUGUAUCUCCUCAGCAGACCUGAUCUCCUCUACCCUUUCCUGUCAUUGUUACAGUGUGGGAGCAUGGGUCUGUUUCCGGGGGGCAGGUAUCAGUGCCUUGGCUGCGUUGAGGAGGUGUCUCAGAAUAGAUUUUUUAUAGAUCGUUAUCGGGCCAGGUGUAGAGUGCAGCAGGGCUAACUCUGGAGUUAAUGGUGUUGUUUCUCCCAGGAUUUCCACUACCUUGGUGUUGAUCAUUUUCCAGAAUGGUCGAAUGUUGGGCAGUCCCAUCAUAUGUGCUUCAUUGUCCCUUUUCUGGUCUCUCAUCUCCAGCAUGUCGCCAGUGUGUGUGGGUAAAUUUUAUGUAAAAGUUCAGAGGUUCUGUACCAUGACGAGAGAAGUUUGUAGUUAACUUCCUGGUAGUGCGAGCUUAUGGAGGAUUUGUGAUGGAUGAUUAGGAUCUUCUCCCAUUGCGCGUCAGUGAAGGUCGUCUCUAGUAAACGUUCUCAGUGACUCUUAUAAGUGUGUAUUUUGGUUCUUCCUCCCACGAGCAGGUAUUGAUAUAAGAGGGAUAUUGUCUGUUAGUGUUUGUUUUUCCAGUACAUAGCUCCUCGUACCAGGUGAGGUAUCUGUGGACGUCGGUCCUGUCAGGCAAUGUAUUAUAGUAGUGCUGCAGUUGGGAAUAUCAGAAUACAUGUGUGUCUGCGUAGUUCCCUCAGUGAGUUGUGUAGGGUUUUCAGUCCAGUCAUAUCGAGUGCCCUUCGGAGUGGAAUAGGUUCAUCUCCUCCCAGAAAGUCCCAGGCCCUCAGGGCAGUCCCCCUCCCUAGAGUUCAUUGUACGUCAAUGAGAUCAUCGAUCCAUUGUUUGUGCCGUGGGUUGGUGUGCCACUCUACGGUUCUCUGUAGGAACUUCGCCUGGUGAUACUUUCGGAGGGCCGGUAGUGCCAGUCCCCUUAGUGUCUUGGCAGGCAGAGAAGUUCAUGUCUCAGUCUAGGUCUACUUCCUCUCCAGACAUAUUUCAGAAUUGCAGUUCUCAACGAUGCGAAAAAUGCCGUGGGUAAUGCCAGUGGAAUGUCUUGGAACAGGUAUAACAGCCUCGGCAGGAUGUUCAUCUUGAGCACAGCCUUGCGGCCCAGCCAUGAGAUGUGUGGAUAAUUCCAGUUCUAUAGAUCUCGUUGUAUUCGAGUGAGGAGUGGUAGGUAGUUCGCCUGGUACAAAUUGGCUGGGUCCCUUGUCACCCAUAUUCCCAGGUAUUUCAUUUGUGAUGUACACCAUCGAAAGGGGAAAUUUGAGGUCAGAGUUUCGUUGUCUCCGGUCGAUUCUGACACAUUGAAAAUCUCGCACUUCGUUAAGUUUAGCUUGAGUCCGGUGAGUUGGCCAUAAUCAUUGAACUCCCUCAUGAGACAGGGUAGUGUAAUCGUGGGUUGCGUGACGAAAAAGAGCAUAUUGUCAGCGUAUGCUGCCACCUUCUGCAUGUUCCUCACCCACUGGAAGCCCGCGAUGUCCUUGUUACGUCUGAUCACCUCUAAUAAUGGAAAAGUAGAGACGCAGGGGGCAUCCCUGCCUUGUUUAAUUUCGAAUCGGGAGAGGGUCUGUCAGUGCCCUAUUCACCCGGACUUGAGCGUUUGGGUUGCUAUAUAAGGCGCUGAUCCACGUUGUCAUGGCUUCUCUGAAUCCCAGGUGCUUCAAUAGCGCCAUUAAAUACGUCCAAUCCACCCGAUAAAAUGCUUUUUCAGCAUCCAUCGAUAGAAGGAGAAGUGAGGUCUUGUCCCUCCGUGCCAGAUGUUGUAUCGACAGAACCCUAAGGGUGCUAUCUCUUGCUUCCCUAUUCGGUAUGAAUCCGGUUUGAUCCGGGUGGACCAGCUCUGGCAGCAGCGGGCCUAUGCUAGUAGCCAGGACUUUGGUGAACAGUUUUUCGUCUAUGUUCAGGAGUGAGAUCGGCCUAUAGCUACUGUAGACCUCCGGGUCUCUACCUGGCUUAGGCAAAUGUAUUUUUUAUUUAUAUACAAACAAAUAUAAAUAUUAUAUAUAUUUUAUAUAUUUUUAUAUUUUCAUAUUUUGGAAAACAUUUUCUUUUUUAAAGUUUAUCCAAAAAUAUUUAAAUAUUUAAAUAAUUUGAAACAUUUAUCCAACAGUAUUAAACUGAGUACAAUAUAGUUUAAGUUGUGUUGAUUCUACAUGCUGUCUCUCCCCAUCAUCCAAGUAUUCUUUCCGUCAAUAUCCCAACGACGUAUAGUACUAUACUGUGCACGGUAGUGUUCAGCUGACAAUAUCAAACCCAUAAAAGUCACAUAGUCUGUUUGAAAUUAUAUUAUUAGUCAUUCUUCCAGUAUAUCAGUAUAAUUGCUAAAUUCUACAGAUAUACCAACUUUCUGUAGCUCACCAGCCAGAUAUACUCUCUUGGACAUGUAGAACAUCGCCCAUUUAGUUUUCUCCACAAACACAUCAAUAAUGUUGGCUGUUGGACUUUACAAAGUUCCUAGGUUAGCAUCAGAACAUUCUAUGGAAAACCCUUAACUGACAUCAUGAAUUAUUGACCUUUAAAGGUUGGUGGAUAUUCAGAUUUGACCUAUGAUCAGUUUUGUGGAUAAUUCACUCUUAUUAAUAUUAAAAAUGAACCUCUUGAAAUGCUAAUUAUACUGCGAGAUCUCUUUGAACAAUAAAGGUAAAGUAUCAGCUGAACCAAAGUGUUUUGAACUGUCAAAAUGAAUUUCGUGGCUGAAUGUUUUAUCCUUUAGUGAGCCUAUUCCGGUGCCUGUCUCCUUGCUAUUAAUGUAUUCAUGGUUGGGUUUUUUCCCCCCCCAGGAGUGAUGCUGCUAAAAUGAAAUUUGAAGGAAAGACGUUUCAUUUGUAUGUGAGAGAGAAAGAGGUAAUAUUGCAAUCGAUAUAUAAAUAAUUGUUUUAUUUAUUAUUAUUUUGUUUAAUAGACAUUUUAUUAAAAGGUCUGAUUUACAGACAUAAAAGUAGAGAAACCACAUCAGUCAAAAGGCUGGCAGGGUGCUAAAAAAAAUAAGCGUUAGAGUUGUUCCAAAGGGUAUCAGGCCUUUACAAUCGAGAAUAAUUAACGUAGGAUUAAAUAAAUGCUGGAAUAUCUAAACUAUAGGCUUCAGGCGAGUUCACAUCAAAUAAUUUAGAAUAAACAGAAGUAAAUAUAUCAAUAGAUACUUGUAAAACAUAUACAUGAAAUGUAUAGUUGCCACAAAAAGGCUAUUUGAGUAAUAAUCAAUCAGCAAUAUAUAAUAUUGCAAGGCGCAUAAUAGUGACAGCCUUUGUACAGUUAUACGGUGUACUUUACCGUGUUUCCCCGAAAAUAAGACCUACCCCGAAAAUAAGCCCUAGCUGGAUUAUCGGGAUGGGCUGCAAUAUAAGCCCUACCCCGAAAAUAAGACCUAGGCAGGGCCGGCAGCUGCCGGCCCUUUAAAUGCCUCAGCCGCCUGAGCGCUCUAUAGAGAGUGCUCAGACGGCUGCCGCACUGCCUCACCUCCCCUCCCCUGUAGCGUGGCUGAGCUCCUUUCCGGUCCGCAACCCGCCCGGACUGACAGGAAGCGCGCACUGGGUGCGCACUUCCUGUCAGUACGGCCGGGUCGCGGACCGGAUAGGAGCUCGGCCACGCUACAGGGGAGGGAGGGGGGAGAGUAUUACAGGGAGGGAGGGGGGAGAGUAUUACAGGGAGGGAGGGAGGGAGAGUAUUACAGGGGAAACAGGGAGGGAGGGGAGGAUAUUACAGGGAGGGAGGGAGGAAGGGGGGAUAAUAUUACAGGGAGGGAGGGGGGAGAGUAUUACAGGGAGGGAGGGAGGGUCUCUGGGGGGGUUACACAGCGCGGACACCGGCUGACAGACUGGCUCUAAGCCCUACCCUGAAAAUAAGCCCUAGUGUGUUUUUUGUGACUAAAAUUAAUAUAAGACCCGGUCUUAUUUUCGGAGAAACACGGUAAUAGGAGGUGCUCUCAUUUAGAACCCUUAUGAGCAUAGAAGACAUUGGUCAUUCAAUAACAUGUCAUUCACUUAUUAUCUAUACACUUUUUCUUUGAGAAUUAGUUUUUAUUAAUUUUUUUCUUAUUGUGUAUUUCUUUGAAAUAUUCUUUGUUGCUGUAAUAAAGAUUUAUUAUUUUCUCUUAACCUUACCUAUGGACCCCGACAGCCUUUUGACUGACGUGGCUUCUUCGCUUCUAUCUCUAUGGUUCUGCAUUCAGAGUUACCCCCGUUCAGGGUUAAGGUUUUCAUUACCUUUAUUUUGCACUUUUGUGCCGGUAUUUUCUAUUUCAUUGUUACUGAUCUGUUCUUGGCUUUAUUGGAUCUGUUGCAGCCAAUAUUUUAACGAGAGGUUAGUUAUGAUUCUUUUUGUAAGAGAGAUUAGAUGAAUUGUGACAUGAGAGAGCUAUUCAUGGGAUAGGAUUAAUCUGUACCCGCAGUGCAAUUGAAGCUAUCUGGAGCACUUGUGUUGUCAAGCAGCAGACAGCAGCAGAUGUAUAUCAAAACCAUAGAGGAGCUAGGAGCGACAGAAUUUAAAGGGGAACUGUCACUUUUCUGGGAAAAAACAUUGAAAAUCUCCUAUAACUGGUGUUAACCUUUUUUCAUGAGAUACUGUUUUGCUUCAAAUUUACAUUAAAGACAAAUUACAUCAUAACGCAUUUCAGACAAAGCAAAGUCAGUACAAACAUUAAACACGAGGAACAGAAAUAGAAACAUUAUUUAAUUUAGUCCUUCUCCGUUUGCUUUCUCUAUGCUGACAACCAGGUGCAAAAAAAAUAUAUAAAAUAGAGUUAACACAAACACUUUACAAUACAAAUAUGGAAAUUAGUGUGUGGAUGUAAGUGAAUAUUUGUUUGGACUGUUAGAUGUGAAUGCAGGGGUAUAUAUUUGUGAAAAGGCGGUGUGUUUCUGUGGUGUGCUUGUUUUUAAAUACAGUGCUGAAGUAGUAUUACGGGUUAGCAUAUGUGCAUGCAAAUGUUUGUACAUUGUGUUUGCUUAUCCCCUUCUCCCUACUAAUCUAGUUGUCCAGAUAUGCUCAUUUCUAUAUGAUUCCAUCCAACAAUAGUCCUUUAUCUCUCCCUGAUUUUUGUUUAUCUCCACAUAUGCCAAAUUCCUCAGAUGUCUCCCUUUGCCUAUACUCCAUCAUCCUCCCUUUAUCUCCCUCUGCCCAUAUUCCUACUUCCCCUACUUGUGUCCCUCUGCCCAUACUCCCUUUCUUUACUUGCGUCACUGUGUCCAUAGUCCCUUAAUUUAACUUUUGUCCCCUUCUGCUUAUUGUUAUUAUUGCCAUUUAUAUAGCGCUAGAUUCCGUAGCGCUUUACAAUAUUAUGAGAGGGGGGGAUUUAACUAGAAAUAGGACAAUUACAAGAAAACUUACAGGAACGAUAGGUUGAAGAGGACUCUGCUCAAACAAGCUUACAGUCUAUAGGAGGUGGGGUAUAAAACACAAUAGGACAAGAGAUAGCAAUCAAAUAAGGUGGGAGUGAAGUAGAGCUGGAGGAGAGAGUAGAGUGCUGCCAUUUAGGAGAGAGCAGGAGACAGGUAUGUAAGGUAGAGGUAACUCUGGGAGACCAUAAGCUUUCCUAAAGAGAUGGGUUUUAAGGCACUUCUUAAACGAUUGAAGACUAGGGGAGAGUCUGAUGGCGGUAGGCAGGCUAUUCCAUAGGAAGGGAGCCCGCGAGAAGUCCUGCUUAUACUUCUUUCCCCUAUUUGUGUCUCUUGUCCAUGCAACUCCUCUGUCCCUGGCCUGUCCUCUGUUACCUUUAUCUACCUGAGUCUCUCUGUCAAUACUCCCCCUUCCUCCACUUGUGUCCCUCUGUCCAUAGCUUGUUCCCUCACAUGUGUCCUUCUUAUGCCAGUUCCCCUAUUGGUGUCUCUCUUUCUAUUCCUCUCUUUGUCUCUCUCUCCAUACCGCUUUCCUCUGCAUGUGUCCUUCUCCCUGCUUGUUUCUGAUUAUCCAUAACACUGUCCUUUCCCCUCUUGGUCUCUCUACUUAUUGUCCCCUUUCCCCACUUCUGUUACUUCCUCCCUUAUAAUCAGAAGCAUGAGAGUGCGCACACUCUGUCAGAACUCUAUUCCUCUCUGUGUCUCUCUCUCCAUACCGCCUUCCUCUGCAUGUGUCUUUCUUCCCGCUUGUUUCUGUUUAUCCAUACCACUGUCCUUUCCCCUCUUGGUAUCUCUACUUAUUGUCCCCUUUCCCCACUUCUGUUACUUCCUCCCUUAUAAUCAGACUCAUGGGAGUGCGCACACUCUGUCAGAACUCUGUGAAGAGUUAGGUACUUUGUGCAGAGGGCAAAAAUAUGUCAUAUGCCUGAUGUCUCUAUUGGCAUUUACAGCCCAGAAUCUAACUGCCUGCUUCCAGAACUCUAACUCCAUUGUGGUCCAGCUUGCCACAUGACACCACUAUAAUAAUAAACUAAAUUAGCCUCUGUCAGCCUCAAACUAAAGAAAUUUACAUACACAUAUUCAACAUUGUUAUCUAUCUAACCUGGUCCUGGUGCUUGCCCCUGGAUCCAAGCCUGAUUCAAAGAUGCUUUAGGUGGCACUAAGUCUCUGCCCAGUAUAUAGCCAUCAAUAUAUGUCAGAUAACUGACCAUUGCAGCACUGAUUUUAACACACAUUGAUUAUUUUAGUGGAGCAGAGGCAGGCACUGAAUAUUUACAUACCCAUGAACACUUCUCAUUCAGGGAGACACACGUUUACUUGCAUUAGUUCAUGUUGCUGCUUUCUGAUUGAACUCUUCAUAAUAUGAUGUGUUUGUGUAUAUUUUUCUUUCAAGGUUGCUAUUCGUGUAUACACAGUAGGGUAUGGACGCACAGCUCUAACACUUCUGUACUCAUUAUUGUGCUUGAAUGAGCUAAACUGGUGCCAACUUUCACAGCAUCAUGCUAUGGCAUUCUCUUCCAAAUGUUGCUGUAUUUUGUUUUCUAUUAUCUGGCUUGGUUAAAUACCUGGUAUUCCUGACUCCGAUCUUCUUUAUAUGUGAUCCAUACUUUUACAGUCCCACACUUGGCAUGCCCCUGUUUUAUCUAGUAUAACAUGCGCCCACGGUUUUUACAACUUAACUUCUCCUUAGAGUUUUCCAUUGUUAAGAUUAUUAGCCAUCUCUAAGAAGUGGUAUUACAGUAAUCUUUAGCAGUUUUCUCUGAGGUAUCUCAUAGGCUAUUAUCUUCUACACUGCCUCUAUCUAGGUAGUCACUUACAGGGAACCAACUAUCCUUUUAAAAAAUCAUAACUUGCCAAUAUUAUAUUUUAAUGAACUGGAUAUAUGGGUACUGUUUUCUAAAUGUAAUGAUAAUCACCUAAAAUGUUUGUAAACCUUUUAAAUGACUAAAAGUGUGUCCAGGAUCCAGGAGUGUACAUCUUGCAGAUUCGACAAAUACCAAACCCAGGACAUACUUCCUGGUAAAAUAUUUUAUAAAUAAAUAAUGAGGAUCCUAGAAAUAUAUUGAAAGAUUUAGCUAUUUGUGAUCAGGACAAGCUAAUUAGAUGUCACUUGGAGGAGACAUUAUGACUAGAAAUGGCCACAACUAAAAUAAAGUGUCUAGAGAUUAAAUAUAUGUAAAAUCAGUUGUGUCCCAUGUAUGUACAUCUCUAUACCAUUGUCUCUGCAGGAGAAGAGGUUGGUACUUACGUUCCUUGCGCCAACUCCAGAGGCAUGCAAACACUUGUGGAAAUGUGGAGUGGAGAAUCAGUCCUUCUACAAGUCAGUACUGCACAAAGUCAAAUCCUUGCACUAUGUUUCUAUCCUCUCUUCAAAGAGCAAACCCUUUUUGUUACAUAUAUUUUUUUCAGAUUAGAGAAUUCCAAUCAGGUCCGCACAGUCUCCAGCAGCAAUUUAUUUUUCAAAGGCAGCCGUUUCAGAUAUAGGUAAAGUACAGAAUUUGCCGCCUGUGCCUGUUACAUACUUCCAACACAAACAUUUCUCCAUUUUUUCUCACCCAUCUCACUUCGAGCUAUGCCCCAGCUAUCUAAUCCACCUUUUGUGCUCUUAAACACUUCCAGUUCCUGUCACACUGAUAAACAUAUUAUCAUAAUUACCUGCAACAUCCUCUAUCCAUCUCUACCUCGCAUUACCCCUUCCCUCCAACUCCAUGCUUCUCAUCCAUCUCCACACUACACUUCAUUCAUCUUUAUUCAUCAGAGUCCUCCAACCAUUUAAAUUCUCCUUUUCCCCCAUCCAUCCAUCCAUUCAUCACCAUGCUUCAUUCUCAUCAUUCUUCUUUCUCUACAUCUUUCUCUGUAAUCCAAUCUCUGGUAUCCAUCCACCUAUCCCAUUCUCGAUUUUCCUAUAUGCAGGUUCCCAAUCUCUAUCUUCAGUGUUUAUCUCCCAAUUGUGUCCUGCCCUAGUAACCAUUCUGUAUUGUUUCUCUCCAUGCGACUUUCAUACCCCAUGUAACUCUAGGUCGUGUUCUGUCUCCUUCCCUAAUAUGUUUUAUUGUUUUGUUCUCACCUACAUCCACCUUGCUGUAACCUCUCAUUUGUCACUCAUACAUUCUGCAUUUCCCUAGUUCGUUCUUCUCUUGAAGCACAUCACCCUCAUUUCAUUCACUUCUAUAAUAUCAUCCUUUUGUGGUAUGCUUCUUACAUAGGCUUCAAUCAUUAUCAAACAAACUAUUUCUUUGUUAUUUACAUUUAAAACUGCAUUGGGCUUUAUUGACCAAGCCAGUUUUUGGGCCUUUGUGAAAAGGUACGUACCUAGUGGCGGGUGGGUGUUGUGGGAAAUUAUCUCUGGAGAUAGCUCUUUAAAUCUAUUUUGAUUUAUAUUUUCUUUGGUCAGUCCCUGACAAUGCUUGAUUUAUUGGGUAAACUUGUUUGUGUUUUUCUGCUUCUGGUUUCUCACUAAGAUUUUUGUUACACUUUCCUCUUCUCCAGUGGUCGAGUUGCUAAAGAAGUUAUGGAAUCAAGUGCAAAAAUCAAGAGAGAACCACCUGAAAUUCACAGGUAAAUUGCCCAACAAAUCUUGUUACCUGGGCUUGUGCAAUGUAUAUUGCCCUGUAAAAGAGUAAGCAGCACGUGUUGUGAGCUAUAGCCCUGCUAUAUUCCUCCUUGUAUUUCUUCAUGUUCCCACACCAUGUACGGUAAUUGUAAUUAUAACAUUAUAAUCUGGUGCAUGUAAUGUAUUGUAUUUCUCACCCACAGGGCUGGGAUGGUGCCGAGUCGCAGUUGUCCCUCUAUCAGUCACGGCAUGCGGUUGAGUAGUGUACCCCGGACCCGUAGGAGAGCUGUUCACAUAUCCAUCAUGGAAGGUAUGAAGAGUGGAACUUUAAACAGUCAGGAAUCUUGGGAGUAUAGUGUAAUUAUUUAAAGGCCAUGUGAGAUUCUUCUCUUAUUCUUAUGUUAUCUACAAAGAGCCAAGACUGUGGCUGGAGCAAAAGAGGUGGCUAAGGUAUUAGCUGUAGAGGUAUACAAUUUGUCCUAUAUGGGGAUGAGUAAAGGAAUAACAGAGAUCUAUUAGAAAUGGAAAGCUUAAUCCAGUGAAAUAGCCAUUAUAAAUAGCAUCUUAGAAAUGGUACAUUUGGCUUGUCGAGAUUCCCUUCUGUAACAUUGUUUGGUGGAGCAAUCAUCGGAGAACAAUAAUAUGUUACUGUUGGGGUUAGGUCCUACACCUCCACUCAAAAUGCUUCUGAUUGUAACUCCCAUGAUUCUAAACUGAGCUAAGAAUGGCUGCGUUUAUUGGGAGAUACAGUUCAAAGCAUAUCCACAUACCUCUCAAUGGUCACAAUUUUCCACACCGGUCUUGCAGUUCCAGGUUGGUAUGUAGUGUCCAAUGUGCCCAGAAAUGGCUAGGUGUACUUAAACAAAAUGUGCCAUUUUUGGCACUGUACUCAGAGUAGCUCAUAAGUAUAUCAACAACAAUUCAUUUUUGAGGUGCUAUUGUGGCAGGUUUCAUGCCUUUGUUUUCUAUAUUGCAAUUGUGCAGUCAAUAAUUAGGGUUUGACAAUUCAAGAUGGCUGAGUUGUGGUAAAGGGAUAGUAUAAUCACCAAAAGAGCCGCAUUAUGUGUGUUAUAUAAAGGGGUACUUUAGUCACCGUAAUAACUUUAGCUUAAUGUAACUGUUUUGGUAUAUAGAAUAUGCCCCUGCAGUAUCUCUGCUCAAUUCUCUGCCAUUUAGGUGUUAAAUCACUUUGUUUAUGCAGCCCUAUCCACACCUAAACACUUCCUGUAAAGAGUGAUCUAAACUUUAGAUUUUAUUGCAAAUUCUGUUUAAUUUAACAUUUCUAAUCUCCUGCUCUAUUAGUAGCCUACUAAACCCUGUAGGAGCUUCAGUUUACAGAACAGGAGAAAAAACUUCCAAACUAAGUUAACAUCCCAUUGAAAAUAAUAAAAAAAAAAAUUUCAUGCAGGUUGUGCGAGUCACAGUCAUGGAAAGUGUGACUAGAAACAAAAUUAAUUUAACUCCUAAAUGGCAGAGAAUUGAGCAGUGAGACUGCAGAGGCAUGAUCUAUAAACAAAAACUGCUUAAUUAAGCUAAAGUUGCUUUAAUGUCUAUUUUAUUCCUUUUUUUGUUUUUUUAAAUAAAUUCAGAUAACUUUCUUUAAAUGCACCUAGGCAUAUGACAAUGCACCUAGGCAUAUGACAAUGCACCUAGGCAUAUGCACUACAUAUUACAGUCUCCUUCCUGACUGCAGCACCAUAAUGAUACUCACAUAUGCUGUUCCUGCUGCUAUCACAGAGUGUGUGAAUUGUGUGCUUUUGUCUAGAGUUGUAAAACGAACCUAAUAGAUGGUUUCAUGUUUGAAUCUUUGGAUGCUCUUCAUUUUUAGUAUGGUCACAUCAGUUUUUUUAUUUGUUGGGAUUUGAAUAGCCCUAGGGGGUAAAUAAAAUAUGUAGAUUUUAUAUUUCUGUAUGUUCCUGUUUACUUUGUGUGCUUUGACACCCACAUUAGGUACAUAAAAACAGGCAACGCUGACAGUAAGCUUUUAUAGAUUGAGAUUAAACCACCAUUACCUUGCAACACUGAAUUUGAAUUUAGCAGAACUCAUUAUUGGGCCAAGAGGCUCCAAGUUAGAUGUGUGUACUUUAAUUGGACCAAUACAGUAAUUACACUGGGUAUUUUGUUAGUGAAUGCAGCAAGUUUGUGAGUAUCUGAAAGGAUGUGUUAGUGUAUGUGGGGGAGUGGUGACAGCUGAACGCUGUGUCUCCUGCAUCUGUCUGAGCUCAGUAGUAAAUAUAUUCACUCCCAAAAUAGCUGCAGAGCCUGAAGCUUCACCUUGUAUGUCAGAGGAGGUGGGCAGAAUGAGAUUGGGUGUGAAGACACAUUGCAGAGAAAAAGAGAGACUGGGAAAAGAAAGGAGGUGGGCAGAGAGUAGGAGAUUUGGAGUGUAGAUUGAAAGAAAUAGAAGGUGACAAUGAGUGUAAUGUAGGAGUGAGGAAAUAAAAGGAUUGUGUAAAGAGACGCAAGGGAAAGAGAUUAAGACAGAGUACUGAAAGAGAGAACGUGUGAAGGGAUAAGGUAACUGAAGAGUCAGACAAGGACCUUUCGGAAUUUAAUUAGUGGACAACGUAUACUUUAAGAGAGUGCGAUCUUCAUACACCAUGGUGAAGUGUCUAAUUCGCAUCAGGACUAAGGUGAAUGUUCACCUACGUAUGAUCAAUCACUGCUACCGUGAUGUAAAGGUUCGUGUACUAAACCUUGGGCCUCGUCUUCUGGGCAGAGCACUGGGGGCUCUUCCACUUUUCCCAGCUUUAACUGGAGUAUUAGGCAGGGAGCCUGGACUUUCAGGAGAGGUUCUGUCUGGAAUGGCUCCCUCAACCGCAGAAAGUACAAGAGAGACUGGAGUAUCGAAUGAGGUUGUGCCUGGAUUGGCUCCAUCAAAAGCAGAAGGUAUUAGAGAGACGGGAGUUCCUGAUUUACCUACGGCAACAUCAGAAAGUUUGGCUCUGCCUGUUUGGACCAAGGGCAUUGCAGAAAGGAUUACACAGAUGGGAGUAUCUGGUGAAGCAUCUGCUGUAAUAGCUCCAACACCAGAAGAAAGCAGUGAGAAGAUUGAGAAAUCUGAUGAGGUUCUGACUGGAUUAACACUGGUAACCAAAGAAAUUGAAAAGGGAAUGGGAGAACCAAGUGAGGUUGUGAUCGAAUGUGCCCCAGACUCAGAUCAAAGUAAUAUGAAUAUUGAAGAACCAGAUAAGGACCUUAUUGGAUGGGCACCAGCAACAGUAGCAGACAGUGGGAAGAAGAGGCAGCAGGACACUGUUCGGUAUUUGCAGGGUAUGUCUGUGGAAAUGCACCACUUCUAUAAAUAUUUUGUGGUGAGAGGAUGAUUGAGGGAGUGAACCAUCAAGUUACUAGUUAUGUUUAUGUGCGAUCCAUAUGUAUCGAUAUAUUUUUAUAUAUUAAUCAUCCAUUGGGAAAAUUAUGCAGCUUGUGCAGGGAGUCUGAUACAUAUUAUAAUGCACACAGGGAUGUAUCUCAUGUAGGACUUCCAUGUCCACAUAUUUUUGUGAACACACUUAGUAUUGCUUCUUUAUGAUGAUUGGCAGCACAUGAAAACAUCUUCCCCUGCAGUAUGUAGAAUUUAUACACUGGAGGAAGGAAAUCAGUUCAUUAGGGAAGGCCAUUUCUUUUUGGAUGUCUUCUUAAUUAUUUGAUUUUCAUCCAGCAACAUAUCAGUGUUUCACACUACAGGGGAGCAUGCUGCAAAUCGACAUGGAGAACUUAUGUCUCCAGGAAAAUACAGUGGAUUUAGCAGCCCUAACUUAAUUUGAUCUUCUACCCCUAAGUACAAAGAAGACUUUCUCAGCAUUGUAUUCACAUACCCUUGAAUCGUUACAAACUGAGCCCCUGUAAAUCUUAACUGUAGGAGUCAAUAAGGAAGGUUUGCCUCCCAGUUUAAGUAUUUAAUGGAAAAAAAAAAUCAUAUAUUUAGGUAAAUAUAGUUUGUUGAGAUGGCUAUUGAAAAAAUACAUGAUAUAUUUGUUAUUUAUUCUGAUUGUCAUACACACACAAAAGUACUUUGAUCAUGCAGAUUGUAAGCUCGUUCAAGCAGGAUCCUUAUGACCCUAUUGUUCCUGUGACAUUUGUAAUAGGUUGUAUCAUUAGUUAUGUUAAUAGUUCAUUUAUCUUUAAAUUCCCUCCAUUAUAACAUUGUAAAGCGCUGCGGAAAAUGUUAGUGAUAUAUAAAAGCCAGUAAUUAUAAUAAUGUAUAAUUGCAAACUGGUCCUAGAACAAAGUAGGUUUCUUUUCAUUUAAACACAUUCUUUUUAUGGAACACUAAGCAGUAACAUGCAUAUACAAUUAACUUUUUACUAUUUAUCACUUUCACGUGUUUUCUAUACUCCUUUGUUUCUAAUGGGUUUCUAUUAUGCAUUUAGUUGGCUACUUGUUGGGACACUUAGCUGAAAGACAUGCAUAUAUGAAACAAAAUGCCUAGUACACUUGUGUUAGUGUUCCUUUGAAGGGAUACUAAGACAUAGUGCAAGAUUAUGGUUUAUAUAGUUUAUUAAAAUGUUGUAUUCCUUUGGAGAGUCUUCAAAAUUUCUAUUUUGGUUUGAAAUUAAGGUUUAUUGGUUUUACAGUAUUUUUUAAAACUAAAUGUCACAAAAUGAAUGCUGCUUCACAGUAAAUAUAGUAAUCCUCUAGAUUGUUCGUUUGUUGGAGCAGGGUCCAAAUUAACCUCUUGUUCCUGCUAGCAUUUGUAAUAAUUUGUAUUAGUGUAUCAAUACAACAGUAGACAACGUAGUUAAAAACCAAGAGGGAGUAAAAGGGAUGGGAUUAAAGGGAGACAAUGGAAGAGAGGAGAAAGAGGAAGGAUUCUAGUGGGUAAUUGAGAAGCAGAGGGUUGGAUAACACACUGGAGGAAGCAAUAUUUUGGCCCAAGGGGUUCACAAUAAGAAUGGGUGUAUGAUUGCUGUGGAUAUUAUAUCAUGGGAUUGAGACUGUAAGUUUUUCCACAGAGUGUUAAAACCAAAUCUUACCUUUGACUGCUGGUGAGAGAGGGAGAUUUUCCAAUGUUACACAAAUAGGAUUCAGCCAUUGGAAUGGAAAGGUUUGUGGACACACAUAGCCUGAAGAUGAGCUCAUAUCUUGUCCUCGAGAACUUUGGGUCAUAUUAUCUGUUAAUAAUGUGUUCACUCCAAGGGCUCAACCUAUGUGUAACCUUGGAAAACCUUACCAGCAGUAAAAGGUAAGAUUUAUUUUUCACACUUUAUGGAAAAACUUACAGCCAUGAUACCUGCCAAUACUACACCAGUGCUAGAUAAGACACCGACUCCAUCUGUUAAUUCUUAGAAAAUGCUCUGGAAUAACAUUUUAACUAGGAGACUAAACAUCAUUUAAUAUGUAUAUACAAACACAUCAGCAGCCUUUUCCCCUCUGAUAUUCUCAGUUUACAUCUUCUUGCAGGUUUGGAGUCUCUCCGUGACAGUGCACAUUCCACCCCUGUUCGCUCCUCGGAUCAUAUCAAUGCUUUGUCUCCUGGAGUUUCCAGAGAAACGGUGAUCAGUGAUGAAGCUUAUACACCAUGCUGCAGCAUCCUCCCUACGCCUGUGUGUGAUCCUACCCUGGAGACAGCUUUUGGGCAGCAGGUGAAUGGGGCACCAUGCACCACCCAAGAAGAGGAAGGUGAUGUCUCUGUGCACAGUGUGCCUGACACCGAAGUUCCUCCACCUGCUCUUCCUGGGCCAGAGGGGGUCAGCCAGAGGGAAUCUGAAUCAGAGCAAGGAAACAAGUUUCUGCAAAGUGUGCUUCGACUGCUGGCAGUCACAUUUUGUCUUCUUUUAGCAUUGCUUCUGCUGCUUGUCAUAUUGGCUGAGUCUGACCUGGAAUUAGCUUUUCUCAGGGACAUCCGACUCACCCCUGAAUUCCAGCAGUUUCAUUAUCAGUACUUCUGCCCCCUACGGAGAUGGGUGUCCUGCAAACUGCACCCUAUUAUCCGCCUCAUAGACUCCUGAACCUGUGUUACACAGUGGCCAUCUUUAACUUUGAGGAGUGAUGUCUUCCACUGUCCUCCCCUUCUCAUCCCUCUAUUGACAAACCUUUCAUAGCUCAAAGUGGAGAAGUGGCAGAUUAGCACUACACUGAAACUUCUCUAGCUAAGGGUGGUUUGGGAAUUAAAGCCAAGGUGAGAGGGGUGGAAGGUGCCCCUGAAUUAUUAUGAUAUCUGCAUGGGGGGAUUAGACCUGCUCUGGGUCACUGCAACCUUUGUAAUUUCACACACAUCUUCUCAGCUCCAGGAAAAACUUACAGAAGACUUCCAAUUGCUGUCAGAUGCUGAUCUCAUAUCUAGAUCACACUCAGCAGGAUAGUGAGCAAAACUCUCUAUAGCUAUAAAAUGGCAUCUAUUCAAAACCAUAUUCAUUGGAGACCGCUGUACUUUUUUUAUACUUCUUCAGCAGCCAGAUUGGCUUCUUUGUUUGUAAAGGUAUAUAAAUAAGCCCUGCUUGUCUAUAGAAUGAGAUCGCUAGUUGAUAUAGUCUAAAUUUGUGUGUUGACAUUGUUUACACAUUGACCAGAUUCAGAUUUUCUUGGAGCUGACACACAGAGUUAGUUGAGUUACCCCUUGAAGGAAUGUAGAGCUAACAAGAUACAGGUCAUAAUUCAGAGAUCCAAAGACAUUCAGUGCCCAUUGGAAUAUAGAGUAGUUAGUGCAGGCUGUCUAAAUACAGGUAUAGAGGCCAGAGACAAAAUGAUUGCGUUUAUACCUAGCACAUUUCUGCUGAUACUGGUUGUAUGUUACAGAUAUCCUUUGAUAUGUUGAUUGUCCCUCUGGCUGUAUUGAAUGGAGAUCGAUACAUACAGCACACAUGGUUAAAGAUUUAGGGUGGGAGUUAUGUGUCUGGAUAUUUAAGCAUAGGAGAAGAGGAGUGUGUUCCACUACUUAUGUGUUAGGAAUUGAGCGAUAUACAUCCUGAUGUGUAUUAAACCUGAGGGGCACAUACCUUUCACCUGUCCCUGUCUGUUAAAAGGCAGUAAGUGGUAUAUAGUUUAUGUGUAAUAGAACCAGUGACAGGUGUGUCCCCCCGAUGUAAGUGUAGGAGGAUAAGGUGAGUAGCAUGUGUCCCAGUACCAAGUAGCGGUGGGAGGUUUUUGUUAAAAAAAAAGAGAGCUUAAAGAUGUGUCCUGAUUGAUUCCUGUGUGGUAGGGGCUGGUCAUUGGUAUGUGUUUUGUUGUAUGUCUUCAGGUGAACAGACAUUAGGACAUCUUUGGGUUAGAAUGGAGGAAGCAGAAUGUAUCUAUGGCCUAUUGUAGAUGAAAUUCUCAAGAUAUAGGGGCAGUGUUUGUAAAGUGGUUUCCUAAAGGUAUAUUAAGUGGCAUCUCAUACCACAUGCAACCCUGCAGCUUUAAGAACCUCAGCUAUAUGUCCUUCUCACCUUCCUAAAGUAACGUUUUGUGAAUGAUAUGUACCACUCACUCUUUUUACUACCCAGACACUGGGAAGAUCUAAUCCUAACAAUCAUUAGGGAUUGCUGUUGUCUGUCUCUAAGAGAGAACAAAGUCCAAUUCUCUUUAAAAUAGCACUGUCAUGUUUUCCUUUUCUUAGGCCAACUGCAUAUUAAAGAAACACUAUAGGGUCAGGAACACAAACAUGUAUUCCUGACCGUCUAGUGUUAAAAACACCAUCGAGCCCCCAAAAUAUGGUAAAAUCUUACUUUAUUCCAGUGUGCUGCUGCUGGCUCUGCACCUGAUCUGCCUGCUUGGCUGACAUCAUCAGAAGUGUGGAUCAAAGCCAAUCACAGUGCUUUCCCAUAGUGUCAAGGAGGCAGAUCAGGGGCAGAGCCAGCACAAGCCAAACACAGCCCUGGCUGAAUCAAUGCAUCUCUAUGAGGAAAGUUCAGGGUCUCCCUGCAGAGGGUGUAGACCAGCGGUUCCCAAACUGUGUGCCGGGAGCAGCAAGUUAUUUUCCCGGUGCUAUGAUGAUAGCACCAGAAACUGUGCUCUUCUCUGCCGGCUCUGUAGGACCAGAGGGGAAAUCAGAGAUCUCCCUCUCUGUUUUGCCAGCACUUUGCUGGCAGCCGGCAGGGGAGGGAAGGAGAGAGAACCCGGGGGAGCUCAAACAUGCAGCUCCGUCGGGUUCUCCUCUCGCGAGCUCGGAGCGUUGCUGCGGUUACCACAGCAAUGCUCCAAAUCUCGCAAGAGUGAACUCUGGUAGCUCCCAAGGCUGCUAGAGUUCACUCUCACCACUGGGAGCACCAGGGAUUGCCUUGUACUGUCCCCCUCCCAGGCAAAGAUAAGCAGGGAGGGGGGGGGAUCUAAUUUUUAUUUUUAAUAAAAACAUUUUUAAAAAGUAUAUAUUUAUUAAUUUGCCCUCCUACCCCCAGACCCCACGCCACACAAUAGCUCCCAUACACACAAUUACUCCUCCAUACAAAUACAUGCCCCCACACACACACUGUGCCCAAACUGCCCCACAUACACAAACUACAUCCUUAAAGAAACGCAAUGCAACCCUCACACACACUACAGCCCCUAUCCCGGCAGACUCCAGGUAAGUUGUCAAACUGUUCUUAAACAGUUUGACUACUUACCCUGUGAGGGCACUACUGGCACCAUAACCACUACAACGUAAUGUAGUGGUUAUUGUGCCUAGAUUGUUUCUUUUAAACAAUAUACCAGUGCCACUCCCAAGAUUAGGGGCCCAGUAUAUGCCACAAUGCUGUACAUGUAUACAACCUAGAAUUUUUUUUGACUUGGGGUGCCUUGGAAAAAUAUUGAAAUAUUAAGGGCACCUUGAACCUAAAAAGUUUGGGAACCACUAGUGUAGACACUGAAUGUUAGGAUGCAUUUUAGGCAGCCAGGACCCGGGAAGGAUCUCUAACAGCUACCUGAGGAGUGGCCAGUGAAGUUAUCACUAGGCUGUAAUGUAAACACUGCAUUUUCUCUGAAAAGACAGUGUUUACAGCAAAAAGCCUGAAGGUAACGAUUCUACUCACCAGAACAAAUUCAAUAAGCUGUAGUUGUUUUGAUGACUAUAGAGUCACUUUAAUUAUAAUACAACCCUAUUUGCCACUUGCCUUUAUUAAUAUGUAUUAACUUUCCUUCCUUACGCCAGAUCUCAAUAACUGGGCGCCUACAGUUUGUUUUCUGUCAAUGGUGUCUGCAGUUUGCUUUCUGCAGAAUUCCUUUGACUGAUGGAUUCUGGGUAAGUUAGCUUAGCAAAUGAAAUGUUGAGCUUCACCCAUUGCCAAGCAUCACACAUCCCAUAGAUAAAUUACUCUCUACUAUUUCUUAUAUAUAAUUAAAAAACUAAGCUGAAUUAAAAAAAUAAAACAAGGGGAAAUAGAGGGAUAAAAGAAAACAGACAGUGGUGCUAUAAGUGUAUGGUGUAGUCCCCAAUUAUUUUAUAGCAGAAGUGCAAAGAGGAUGUGCAGGAUAGUGACAGGGCCCAUGUUACUUAAUACAAAAUUUGCAGAACAGCAAAAGUAAAGUAUUCUGGGCUAAGCAAGUAGAUUUAACUUAAACUGUUUUAAUCCGAUUCCUAAACAAUUUGGAAUAGCGUCAUCGACAUUCAAACAUCAGAAAAACAAAUAUUAAUUUUCCAUCUGUUCGUAAAUAGUGCUAAUUAGAUAAGUGUAUGAAAUACAUGCAGGUCUACUAUUGGGUACUAAAUGGAAUGAGUUGUAUAUAUCUCCAAAAUCUGUGUGGGAAGAGGUAAAAUACACUUCAAUAUGCAUAUGGAAACGGUAUUAAGCACAGAUAUCUAUGUAUGAGAAUGGGCACUAUACAUAAAUAUCUUUGAGUGAGAAGGAUUUUAUAUUCUUAUACCUUGGCAUGAUAGGGGUCUUAUAUACUGGUACCUGUAAUUACAAGGGGUAUUAAACAAAGCUAUCUAGGUAACAUGGGUAUGUGACAUUGAUCUCUAGUUAUAACAUACACUAGAUCCAGCUAUGAGAAGGGGUAGAGUGAGCUUGGAAGGUGUGUGUCCACAUGUAGGGAUAAAAUAAGGGAUAUGCGUCUCCAAUGUCUGUGUGUUAAAUUUUAUUGAUGCCCAUGUUGAUAAAUAUGCCUUUGAUGUCUGUGUGUCGUGCUGUAAGUCACUAGUCUGUAAUGCCCUUCCCCUCUGGCUGUUUUAUGUUACAAUGUAAUCAGUAGCUGCAGGCCAACCCUCAGCCCUUUUCUCAUCCCCAAUGGACCUGCCCAUUUCCCAUAGAUAUGGGGAACAUAUCUCUUUGCCUCCAAACAUUAUUACCUUACUUUUAUAUUGCAGAGACUGUUUCAAGGUUAUAUUUUAUGAAAAUAGCAUUAUUUUGUUAUUAAUAAUACAUUUAGUUUUUUUAAUUGCUUUUUAGAAUUUAUUUUGUUGGCGUGUUAUGUAAAUAAAUUAACAAAUGGUAGGUGGUAUUCACAGGAAUUAGAGAGCAAGACAACUGCUCACCCCAAUGUGUAACUUGGCAACUCACACACACCAGAUGAACAUUGUGCACAAUCAUUAUAUAAAAUAUAUUUAUAUUUGUUUUUGCAAUAUGCUGUAACCUACUGAUGAUGUAGAAGUUACGUAGAAAGAUUGUCUAUUUGGAUUUUAAAGAGGAUGGUUUUUUUUAAAGUGUCCCUGUCACUGAAAAUUGUAAAUAUGUCAACUAAAAAGAUCAAAAUAAAAUACUAUUUCUGAUAAGAAUAAAAAAAAUAUAACCAAUUACAUUUUGACCAUAUGAUAGUUUUAGAAAAUUAAAAUUGCAUCACAGUUUAAAACUAUGAAACCCUGAUAAAGAAUGAAUGGAAAAAAAAUUAUGGGCUGCAUUUUAUACUAGCAGCCAAUCAGAAACUGGCAUUUCAUGUUCUAAAACAAUGUUUUGAUUAAAUGCUAUGUGAUGAAGAAAAUAUUUUUCAAGACAGAGCCACUUUUAAGUCCCCAUCCUUCUUUAUCAAGUAGUAACACUGGAGAUUGUAGGAUCAAGAGUUGGAGCAUGUGUGAUGUUAAUAAGUCAAAAUAGAUGGUUUGCUUUCCUUGUGUCCUUAGGCCUGUGUUCAAAGCAAAUGUGGCAUUUCUUAGUGUGGCAGCAUUGAAGAGUAUGCACUAGCAAUGAUCAGUAUUUGCUCUACAUGGAGCAAUUAAUACACAAGCAAUUUUUCCAGUCAGACAGCUUGAAUUUUUGCAUUUCCAUUUCUGGCGAUUAUCUUCUUUACAACAUAUCGGGAUGCAGGUAAAUGUUCCCUUUGGGGUGGGUAAAGGGAUCCCUGCUAUUCAAAUUCUGGGGGUAAAGUUGGACUAUGCAAAACAAUAGUCAUAAUUGGAAGCAUAAACUAAAGCUGUCAUGGUUUCAUUUUUUCUUUUGCUCACUAUAUAGCAAAUCUGAAUAAUUUUAAAUAUUAGGUACAUAGAGGCAUCAGAUUGCCUGUAGCUGUCCAUUAUGGAAAAACUUUUAUAGAUUUCAAUGGAGAACUAGUCAGUUUAUCACAGUGCAGUGUGGGUAAAAUAAUUACUUGCUUUAACAACCAGCACAUGUAUUUCUAGAAAGAGGCCUUUAAAUGAUUAGGAAAUAAAGCCACGCAGACAGAAUCCGUCAUUUUAUACAUGUACCCAUACAGCAUUCCACUUUGUCCAAGGUGAAUGUUUGUUAGUUCUUUCCUAGACAGUAGCCUCCUGUCAGAUUACCUUUAUACACCUGGCAGAGUAAGCACUGGCACCAAGCAAUCAAAAUGUGUAUACAGAUAUUUAUUUCCGAAUAGAACGACAUGAUCUGAAGUCUCUGUGUUAGGAACAUAUUUCAUAGACAUCUUGACUACUGUGUCAAUGGACAAGGGUAGUGUUGCCUCUAAGAAUUAUGGCAAAUAUAAAAACACUAAUUAAGUUGCAGCUCAUUUUAAAACAUCAGUCUACACAUUUGCAUGGACCGAUUGGGCAUGUUCUAAAAUUGUUUAGGGGGAACACUACCUAGAAGAACCAUAUGAAGGCAGAGAACUAGUCUAUACAACAUGUAAAAGUGCCGGUGUCGGCUUGAUAUGGGAUAGAUUAGGAGUUAUGUAUCCAUAGUCAUUGUGUGUAUAAAUCCUUCUAUGCAGUUUUUUCCCCUUCUUCUAGAACUGGAGCUAGAAAUAUAAUUCAUUCUGGUGCUGGGUUGCUUUGUAACUGUGUUAAGUGUUAGAUUAGCUGCCCUACUGGGCACAUCCCAUCGCUGUUUGACAUAAGUCAUGUGUUUACCAAGAUUUCCCGUUUCCUGUUCUGAGCACACAUGCUGUGGUCACGCAUGAGCCAGUAGACCGCAUGAUGUUUUUGCUGAGGAAACUAACUGCAACUGUGAAUCUCUUGGGUCUCAUAACAAAACAGAAAUGACAUGUCCCAUGUGCCAAUUCCAAGUCAUGUUUUCCACACAUCUGCCAGGGCGUGUGAAGGAAUGACAUGCAUAGUAGUCCUUACGUUGGACAAUAACUUUUUAAAAAAAUAAAUAAUUAUGAUCUAACAUGGCUUGAGUGAGUUCUUCAUCUUUGUUGUGGGGAAUAAUAGGGUUAAACAUUAGAAUGCUUUCACUUUGAU